UGUAAUUGCCCACAUAGCCAUAUGUUUGUGCCCAUUAGAUAAGAUCCAGAGGAAAUUAAUUGGUUGUGAGACCAUACCAGAUGUGUCAUGUCAGUCAGAAAUCGACUGUUCGUCUCAGCAAACGUGCAUAAACCGAAAAUGUCAGAAUCCUUGUGCCGUAUCUAAUCCAUGUACUCAAUCCCAGGAUUGCCAAGUACAGGAUCAUCAGCCAGUGUGUGUUAAAGUUUGCCAAUGCCAAAAAGAUGCAGAUUGCGGUAAUUUUAAUUUGCGUUGUGAUGGGUGCAAAUGCAUUACUGAACAACCGAGGAUACCACAAUGUAAACACUGUCCACCGGGUGUACCUUGCGAUCCUGUAACUGGAGCCUGCCAGAAAGAUAUGGUUACAACACCUGAAACACUAACAGAAACACAAACUGUGACUAUUUCACAAAUAACAAAAGCUGCCUCUGCUAGCACUCUAACAUUUAGCGAACCGGCUGCUGUUACAACCACUGAAGGAACUACAUUGCCAAGUAAAGAAAAACCAACAACGCUUUUCACAUCAGGACCCACAAUAACAACAGUAACAAUUCCAGUUGAGAAGGAAACUUUAUUCACAUCAAAACCUAUAUUAAAUGAGACAUCCACUACCACUGCAGAAACUGAAGUUUACACAAGCAAAUACAGUCCAGAUUUAACCACAGUGAUUAGUACAACAGAAGGAAAAUAUAUUAUUUAUCCACUUACUACAACUACAGAAAAAUAUGUGAAGGUGACACCCCAGUAUCCUUUGCCAACAGUAAGCACUUCAGAAAUUACUAGUCCCACAGAACUGGAAGGAGUAACUAAAAUGGAAACAGAAAAUACUAAAUAUGCAAUUCCAACAGAAUCAAUGUUGACUGAAAUAAAUCAAACUGAAAACUAUAUUACCACUGCUUCACCAUCCACACAUGAAUACAUAACUCAAGAGGCAAUGGUUACAACACCUCAUGAUACAUUCUCGACCAUCCAGCCGAUUAAAAAAACUACCAAACAAGUGGAGGAAUCAACCACCCAAGGAUUUACCAUCAUAAGCAAAACUCCUGCAACAACAGAAAAGGAACUAGGAACCACACCUCAUGAGGUACUGUUUACUACUAAACAAAUUGAAGAAUUAUCUACAAAGGGAUUUACUACAAUAAGUAGAGAAUCCACUCUUGCUUAUGCAUCAACAGAAAAAGAAUCAGAGGCAACCACUCAUAAGGUGCUAUUAACAACCAAACAAAUUGAGGAAUUAACCACAGAAGGUUUUACAACAAUUAGCGAGGUAAUAACUGCUACAACAACAGAAAAGGAAGUGGUAACUACACCUCAUGAGGUGCUCUUUACUACUAAACAAAUUGAAGAAUUGACAACAAAAGGCUUUACGACAAUAAGUAGAGAAUCCACUCCUGCAUAUACAACAGAAGCUGGAAAAGAAGCAACAACUCUUAAACCGUUAUUUACUACCAAAAAAGUUGAGGAGCUUACCACAGAAGGAAUUACAACAGUUAACAACGUAACAGCUCCUGCUACAACAGAAGAGGAGUCAGAAACCACACCUCAUGCGGUAUUAUUUACUACUGAACAAAUUGAGGAAUUGUCCACAAAAGGAUCUACUACGAUAAAUAGAGAAUCAACUUCUGUGUAUGUAACAACAGAAACUGAAAAAGAAUCAACAACUGUUAAACCAUUAUUUACCACUAAAAAAAUUGGACAGACUACUGAAGGUAUUACAACAUUUAGUGAGGCAACAACGCCAGCAACAACUGAAAUGAAACUAGCAACUACAACUCAUGAGGUAUUGUUUACUACUAAACAAAUUGAAGAAUUAACCACCCAAGGAUUUACUACAAUAAGUAUAGGAUCCACUCCUGCAUAUGUAACAUCAGAAAAGAAAACAGAGGUGACAACUCCUAAGCUGUUAUUUACCACCAAAGAAAUUGAGGAGCUUACCACAGAAGGAAUCACAACAAUUAGCAAGGUUACAGUUCCUGCAACAACGGAAAAAGAGAUAGAAACUACGACUCAUGAGGUAUUCUUUACUACUAAACAAAUUGAGGAAUUAACCACCAAAGGAUUUACUACAAUAAGUAGAGAAUCCAGUCCUGCAUAUGUAACAACAGAAAACAGAACAGAGGUGACAACUCCUAUGCUGUUAUUUACUACAAAAAAAAAUGAGGAACUGACUACAGAAGAAAUUACAACAAUUAGCAAGGUAACAGCUCCUGUUACAACCGAAAAAGAGAUAGAAACUACGACCCAUGAGGUAUUGUUUACUACUAAACAAAUUGAAGAAUUAACCACCAAAGGAUUUACUACAAUAAGUAGAGAAUCCACUCCUGCAUAUGUAACAACAGAAAAGGAAACAGAAGUAACAACUCCUAAGCUGUUAUUUACUACCAAAAAAAUUGAGGAGCUUACCACAGAAGGAAUUACAACAAUUAGCGAGGUAACAACUUCUGCAACAAAGGAACAGGACGUAGAAACCACACCUCAUGAGGUAUUAUUUACUACUAAACAAAUUGAAGAAUUAACCACCAAAGGAUUUACUACAAUAAGUAGAGAAUCCACUCCUGCAUAUGUAACAACAGAAAAGGAAACAGAGGUGACAACUCCUAAGCUGUUUAUUACUACCAAAAAAAUUGAGGAGCUUACCACACAAGGAAUUACAACGAUUAGCGAGGUAACAGCUCCUGCAACAAAGGUACAGGAGGUUGAAACCACACCUCAUGAGGUAUUUUUUACUACUAAACAAAUUGAAGAACUAACCACCCAAGGAUUUACUACAAUAAGUAGAGAAUCCACUCCUGCAUAUGUAACAACCAAAAAGGAAACAGAAGUGACAACUCCUAAGCUGUUAUUUAGCACCAAAAAAUUUGAGGACCUGACUACAGAAGGAAUUACAGCAAUUAGUGAGGUAACAACUCCUGCAACAAAAGAACAGGCGGUAGAAACCACACCUCAUGAGGUAUUGUUUACUACUAAACAAAUUGAAGAAUUAACAACCAAAGGAUUUACUACAAUAAGUAGAGAAUCCACUCCUGCAUAUGUAACAACCGAAAAGGAAACAGAAGUAACAACUCCUAAGCUGUUAUUUACUACUAACGAAAUUGAGGAGUUGACUACAGAAGGAAUUACAACAAUUAGCGAGGUAACAACUCCUGCAGCAAAGGAACAGGAGGUAGAAACCACACCUCAUGCGGUAUUGUUUACUACUAAGCACAUUGAAGAAUUAACCACCAAAGGAUUUACUACAAUAAGUAGAGAAUCCACUCCAGCAUAUGUAUCAACAGAAAAGGGAACAGAGGCAACAACUCCUCAACUGUUAUUUACUACUAAAACAAUUGAGGAACUUACUACAGAAGGAAUUACAACAAUUGAGGUAACGACUCCCGCGACAACAAAAAAAGAGUUGGAAACCACACCUCAUGAGGUAUUGUUUACUACUAAACAAAUUGAAGAAUUAACCACCCAAGGUUUUACUACAAUAAGUAGAGAAUCUACUCCUGUAUAUGUAACAACCGAAAAGGAAACAAAAGUAACAACUCCUAAGCUGUUAUUUACUACCAAAAAAAUUGAGGAGCUUACCACAGAAGGAAUUACAACAAUCAGCGAGGUAACAACUCCUACAACAAAGGAACAGAAGGUAGAAACCACACCUCAUGAGGUAUUGUUUACUACUAAACAAAUUGAAGAAUUAACCACCAAAGGAUUUACUACAAUAAGCAGAGAAUCUACUCCUGCAUAUGUAACAACCGAAAAGGAAACUGAAGUAACAACUCCUAAGCUGUUAUUUACUACCAAAAAAAUUGAAGAGCUUACCACAGAAGGAAUGACAACAAUUAGCGAGGUAACAACUCCUACAACAAAGGAACAGGAGGUAGAAACCACACCUCAUGAGGUAUUGUUUACUACUAAACAAAUUGAAGAAUUAACCACCAAAGGAUUGAUUACAAUCAGUAGAGAAUCCACUCCAGCAUAUGUAACAACAGAAAAGGGAACAGAGGUAACAACUCCUCAACUGUUAUUUACUACUAAAACAAUUGAGGAACUUACUACAGAAGGAAUUACAACAAUUGAGGUAACGGCUCCCACGACAACAAAAAAAGAGUUGGAAACCACACCUCAUGAGGUAUUGUUUACUACUAAACAAAUUGAAGAAUUAACCACCCAAGGUUUUACUACAAUAAGUAGAGAAUCCACUCCUGCAUAUGUAACAACCCAAAAGGAAACAGAAGUGACAACUCCUAAGCUGUUAUUUACUACCAAAAAAAUUGAGGAACUUACAACGGAAGGAAUUACAACAAUUGGUGAGGUAACAGUUCCUGCAACAACAGAAAAGGAACUAGAAACCACACCUCAUGUGGUAUUGUUGACUACUAAGCAUAUUGAAGAAUUAACCACUAAAGGAUUUACUACAAUAAGUAGGGAAUCAGCUCCUGCAUAUGUAACAACAGAAUCUGGAACAGAAGCGACAACUCCUAAGCCAUUAUUUACUACCAAAGAAAUUGAGGAGCUUACCACAGAAGGAAUUAAAACAAUUAGCAAGGUAAUAGUUCCUGCAACAACAGAAAUGGAGUUAGAGACCACACCUCGUGAAGUAUUGCUUACUACUAAACAAAUUGAGGAGCUGACCACACAAGGAUUUACUACAAUCAGUAGAGAAUCCACUCCUACAUAUGUAACAACAGAAAAGGGAACAGAGGCAACAACUCCUAUGCUGUUAUUUAGUACCAAAAAAAUUGAGGAACUUACUACUCAAGGAAUUACAACAAUUAGUGAGGUAACACUUCCUGCAACAACAGAAAAGGAACUAGAAACCACAUCUCAUGAAGUAUUGUUUACUUCUAAACAAAUUGAAGAACUGACCACGAAAGGAUUUACUACAAUCAGUAGAGACUCCACUCCUGCAUAUGUAACAAACGAAAAAGGAACAGAGGCCACAACUCCUAAGCUGUUAUUUACUACCAAAAAAAUUGAGGAACUUACUACAGAAGGAAUUACAGCAAUUAGUGAGGUAACAGCUCCUUCUACAACUGAAAAGGAGUUAGAAACCACACCUCAUGAGGUAUUCUUUACUACUAAACAAAUUGAGGAAUUAGCUACAAGGGGAUUUACUACACUAAGUAGAGAAUCUGCUCCUGCAUAUGUAACAACAGAAUCUAGGAAAGAAACGACAACUCUUAAGCCGUUAUUUACUACCAAAAAAAUCGAGGAGCUUACUACGGAAGGAAUUGCAACAAUUAGUGAGGUAACAGCUCCUGCAACAACUGAGAAGGGGUUAGAAAUCACACCAUACGAGAUAUUGUUUACUACUAAGCAAAUUGAAGAGUUAACCACAAAAGGAUUUACUACAUUAAGCAGAGAAUCCACUCCUGCAUAUAUAACAGAAACAGGUAAAGAAACGACAACUCCAAAUCCGUUAUUUACUACCAAGGAAAUUGAGGAGCUUACCACAGAAGGAAUUACAACAGUUAGCAAAGUAACAGUUCCUACAACAACAGAAAGGGAGUUAGAAACCACAUCUCAUAAGGUAUUAUUUACUACUAAACAAAUUGAAGAAUUGACCACAAAAGGAUUUACUACAAUUAGUAGAGAAUCCACUCCUGCAUAUAUAAUAACAGAAAAGGAAACAGAGAUAACAACUCCUAAGCUGUUAAUUACUACCAAAAGAACAGAGGAGCUUACUACAGAAGGAAUUACAACAAUUAGGAAUGUAACAACUCCUGCAACAACAAAAAAGGAAUUGGAAACCACACCUCAUGAGGUGUUGUUUACUACUAAACAAAUUGAAGAAUUAACUACCAAAGGAUUUACUACAAUAAGUAUAGAAUCCACUCCAGCAUAUAAAACAACAGAAAAGGGAACAGAGGUAACAACUCCUAAGCUGUUAAUUACUACCGAAAAAAUCGAGGAGCUUACUACAGAAGGAAUUACAACAAUUAGGAAUGUAACAGCUUCUACAACAACAGAAAAGGAAUUGGAAACCACACCUCAUGAGGUGUUGUUUACUACUAAACAAAUUGAAGAAUUAACCACCAAAGGAUUUACUACAAUAAGUUUAGAAUCCACUCCUGCAUAUGUAACAACAGAAAAGGGAACAGAGGUAACAACUCCUAAGCUAUUAAUUACUACCAAAAAAAUUGAGGAGCUUACUACAGAAGGAAUUACAACAAUUAGCAAUGUAACACCUCCUGCAACAACAGAAAUGGAAUUGGAAACCACAUCUCAUGAGGUGUUGUUUACUACUAAACAAAUUGAAGAAUUAACCACCAAAGGAUUUACCACAAUAAGUAGAGAAUCCACUCCAGCAUAUGUAACAACAGAAAAGGGAACAGAGGUAACAACUCCUAAGCUGUUAAUUACUACCAAAAGAAUUGAGGAGCUUACUACAGAAGGAAUUACAACAAUGAGCAAUGUAACAGCUUCUGCAACAACAGAAAAGGAAUUGGAAGCUACAACUCAUGAGGUAUUGUUUACUACUAAACAAAUUGAAGAAUUAACCACCAAAGGAUUUACUACAAUACGUAUAGAAUCCACUCCUGCAUAUGUUACAACAGAAAAGGUAACAACUCCUAAGCUGUUAAUUACUACCAAAAAAAUUGAUGAGCUUACUUCAGAAGGAAUUACAACAAUUAGCAAUGUAAAAUCUCCUGCAACAACAGAAAAGGAAUUGAAAACCACAUCUCAUGAGGUAGUGCUUACUACUAAACAAAUUGAAGAAUUAACCACCAAAGGAUUUACUACAAUAAGUAGAGAAUCCACUCCAGCGUAUGUAACAAUAGAAAAGGGAACAGAGGUAACAACUUCUAAAUUGUUAAUUACUACCAAAAGAAAUGAGGAGCUUACAACAGAAGGAAUUACAACAAUGAGCAAUGUAACAGCUCCUGCAACAACAGAAGAGGAAUUGGAAACUACAACUCAUGAGGUAUUGUUUACUACUAAACAAAUUGAAGAAUUAACCACCAAAGGAAUUACUACAGUAAGUAUAGAAUCCACUCCUGCAUAUGUAACAACAGAAAAGGGAACAGAGGUAACAACUCCUAUACUGUUAAAUACUACCAAAACAAUUGAGGAGAUUACUUCAGAAGGAAGUACAACAAUUAGCAAUGUAGCAGCUCCUGCAACAACAGUAAAGGAAUUUGAAACCACACCUCAUGAGGUGUUGUUUACUACUAAACAAAUUGAAGAAUUAACCACCAAAGGAUUUACUACAAUAAGUAGGGAAUCCACUCCAGCAUAUGUAACAAUAGAAAAGGGAACAGAGGCAACAACUCCUCAGGUGUUAUUUACUACCAAAACAAUUGAGGAACUUACUACAGAAGGAAUUACAUCAAUUGAGGUAACAGCUCCCGCGACAACGAAAAAAGAGUUGGAAACCACACCUCAUGAGGUAUUGUUUAGUACUAAACAAAUUGAAGAAUUAACCACAAAAGGAUUUACUACAAUAAGUAGAGAAUCCACUUCGGUGUAUGUAACAACAGAAACUGGAAAGGAAGCGACACCUGCUAAACCAUUAUUUACUUCCAAAAAAAUUGAGGAGCUUACUACGGAAGGAAUUACAACAAUUAAUGAGGUAACAGCUCCUAUAGCAACAGAAAAGGAGUUAGAAACCACGCCUCAUGAGAUAUUACUUACUACUAAACAAAUUGAGGAAUUGACAACAAAAGGAUUUACUACCUUAAGUAGAGAAUCUACUCCUGCAUAUGCAGUAACAGAAAAAGGAACAGAAACAACUCCUGGGCCAUUAUAUACUACCAAACAAAGGGAGGAAACACCUUAUACCAUGUUACCGACUACCAGUCAAGUUGGAGAAUUCACCACACAAGAAUUUACAAGUGAAGCGGCAGUACGUUUAACCACAGGGAUGCCUGAACUAAUAACUACCUCUGUUAGUAUUCAAACAGAGGGUCCUGUUUCAGUUCAAAAUUAUACAGAACAGUUUACUAAUAUCUCUAAAUCAUGCAAAGAAGAUGUUGAUUGCAGCAACACGGAAAUAUGUGUUGCCAAGUUAUGUAUUAAUGUUUGUGCCAUUGGUGGUUUAUGUGCUUCAAAUGCCAAAUGCGUAGCAACAAAUCAUACAGCUAUCUGCUCGUGCCCACCACAUCACUAUGGAGAUCCUCAUAGGAUUUGUUUCCAAGAACCACCUAGUGACAGAGCUCGUAAACCUUGUGAAUCUGAUAUGGACUGCCUCGAAAGUGAGGCCUGUUACAUGUCUUUAUGUCAAGAUCCCUGUGAGUUUACAAACUCCUGUGCAGAUAGUGCUAGAUGUCAAGCAAAAAUGCACAGACCUAUUUGUACUUGUCCAAUGGGAUACGAAGGAAACCCUGCUACUAAAUGCUUCAAGUCACCCACAAUGACUUGCACAAGCAAUGAAGACUGCCCCAUAAGUGAAGCUUGCAUAGACAGAGCUUGUCAAAGACCAUGUGAUGUGCGGAACCCUUGUGCCCAACAUGCUGUAUGCAUUAAUACGAAUCAUGGAUUCGACUGUAGUUGUGAAGAAGGCUUUCACGGAAACGGAUAUGUCCUUUGCAAGCCAGUUAUUGAUUACAAACCAAUUUGUCAAUAUAAUGAAGACUGUCCUCCCAACAAGCUGUGUGACCGGCUCAACAGAAUAUGUAUAAAUCCAUGUUUUGAAGAUUCUUGUGGCGAUAAUGCAGAAUGUGUACCCAAAGACCAUGGCACAGAUUGUCGUUGUUUGCCAGGAUAUCAAGGAAAUCCAUAUGUGUUAUGUAACAGGGUAGAGGGAUGUAGAUCUGAUAAUGAUUGUCCAUCUCACGAGGCCUGUAUAAAUCGCCAGUGUAGUUCACCAUGCAGAUGUGGUUUUAAUGCAGUAUGUGAUGUAAUUUAUCAUAAACCAUCAUGUAAAUGCCCACCUGGGUACCAAGGUGACGCAUUAGUAGGAUGUCAGCCACCUACAAAUCCAUGUAACCCGAAUCCUUGUGGUCUAAAUGCUCUUUGUGAAAUUGAUAAUGGUAACCCCAUAUGUUUCUGUCCUAAAGGUUUAACUGGUAAUCCGUUUAAAAAUUGCAUACCUGAGGGUGACGAAUGCUCUCCUAAUCCUUGUGGUCAAAAUUCAGGAUGCCGUGUAGUAGGUGGCAAUGCUGUAUGCUUCUGUUUGCCUGAAUUUGAGGGCACUCCUCCGCAAAUACCUUGCUCUCUGCCCACAAACCCAUGUGAUCCAUCGCCAUGUGGUCCCAACACACAGUGCGCAAUCCUCUCCAAUGGUUUUGCGAAAUGUACAUGCCUUCCUGGUUUCCUAGAAAGUCCUAAUACUAUUAGAGGAUGUAUUGAAGCGAAGAAUCCUUGUGACCCUAACCCCUGUGGUCUGGGUGCCACAUGUGACCCACUAAGAGAACCAGUAUGUUCUUGCCCUGUCGGAACCAUUGGCAAUCCAUUCAAGCAUUGCACUGCACCCCAAAUCACAUUGUGUAAUCCAGGUCCUUGUGGUCUAAAUGCUGAUUGUUAUGUCACAAACAACCAAGAACAGUGUUACUGUAGAACAGGAUUUAUCGGUAAUCCAUAUUCGGGUUGCAGAAUCCAACCACCAUCUCCUUGUGUACCUAACCCUUGUGGUCCUGGAGCGGAAUGUAUUGUUACACCGGAUGGAAAUUCAUUGUGUCAGUGCCCUGCUGGUAUAGGAGGGGACCCCACGGGGCCCGCUGGAUGUCAAGGAUAUGAGUGUGUUGUUGAUGAGAAUUGCGGAGACCAACAAGCAUGUAUUGGAUAUAGGUGCAAAGAUCCAUGUCCGGGAUCCUGUGGCAUUAAUGCGAACUGUAGAGUAGAGAAACACCAUCCUGUUUGCACUUGUAAUCCUGGUUUAACUGGUAAUCCAACAAUAAGAUGUUUCCCCGUUAUAGAACCAAUACCAGAAGGUGAUCCCUGCAUUCCGAGUCCGUGUGGACUUAACACGAUAUGUCAAGUUAUGUCUGGAAGAGCCGUCUGCUCAUGUCUGCCAGAUUUUCAAGGUGAUCCUCAGUUCGGAUGUCAACCAGAAUGUGUUAUUAAUUCUGACUGUCCCAUCAAUAAGGCAUGUUUGGAUAGACAUUGCAGAGACCCUUGCAGUAUAGGGAACAUAUGUGGUAUCAAUGCUGUUUGUCAAGUGAGGGAUCAUACUGCAGCAUGCGUAUGCGCCAAUGGUUAUAGAGGAGAUCCAUUCUCGCAAUGUAUAUUAACGCCUAGUGUAAUAAUUCCACCUUAUGCCAACACCACAACACAACCUUGUGUGCCUUCACCUUGCGGUUCGAUAGAAUGCAACACUUACGGGACCCAAGUGGCUAUAUGCAACCCCUGUCUAGGUCCAGAUGCACCUUAUCUUCCCCAGUGCCGCCCAGAGUGUCUAACAAAUGCAGACUGCCCGUUCAAUCAAGCCUGUCUAGGAUAUUCAUGCAUCGACCCCUGCCCUGGGUCUUGUGGUGUAAAUGCUGUGUGUACAGUCGUCUCUCACACCCCUGUGUGCAGUUGUCCAGCUGGACUAAUCGGCGAUCCUUUCCAGCAUUGCUCAGUAGCUCUAGAACCUGAAGAGAAAAUUGAAACCUGUGAAAAUAUCAGAUGUGGGGCAAAUGCUGAUUGUAAACAACAGAAUAAUGGUUUGGCCUGUAUAUGCAAAAAGGGAUUUUAUGGUAAUCCUUGGAUAGCUUGUAGGCCAGAGUGUGUUAUCAACCCAGAUUGUCCACUGAACAAAGCCUGCAUUAACAAUAAGUGUAUAGAUCCUUGCGGAGGAGUUUGUGGGGUGGGAGCUCAGUGUUCCGUUGCAAACCAUGUACCAAUCUGUUUUUGCCCCCCUCAAUCCACCGGAGAUCCAUUUGUCAGUUGUUAUAAGUAUACACCACCCAUCCAACCGAUACCAGCAGAGAAUCCGUGUGACCCAUCUCCUUGCGGGCCUUUCAGCAGAUGUCUAGUUUCUCAUCAAGGGUUUGCUACCUGCUCCUGCUUGCCAAAUUAUCAGGGUGCUCCACCUGUGUGUAAACCUCAAUGCAUUGUUAGUUCGGACUGUCCACAAACUCGUGCCUGUAUUAAUCAGAAAUGUGUAGAUCCUUGCAUCGGUACGUGUGGUGCAAGCGCUGUUUGUAAUGUUAUCAACCACAAUCCAAUAUGUACUUGUCCUCCAGGACAAGAAGGUGAUCCCUUCUUUGGUUGCACUACCACGCCAUCAACAGACUUACCUCCAGUACAUAUAAACCCUUGUAUCCCUUCACCCUGCGGACCAAAUUCUAUUUGUCAAGUGAAAGAGGAUCGGCCUGUUUGCUCUUGCGUGGCAAAUUACAUUGGCAGCCCACCAUAUUGUCGACCAGAGUGCACGAUAAACGACGAAUGCCCUCAAAAUGAAGCUUGCUUCAGAGAAAAAUGUAUUAAUCCCUGCCUUAAUACCUGUGGGUCAAACGCAAAAUGUAAUGUCGUAAACCACAUUCCAUUAUGCAGUUGCGUUGAGGGUUUCGAGGGAGACGCGUUCAUCGGUUGUUCUAAGAUUCCUAAGAUCGCAGCACCUACAGAUCCUUGCAAUCCUUCUCCUUGCGCCGAGAACUCACAAUGCACAGAUGUAGGAGGCGUAGCCAAGUGCACGUGUAUACCUCCAUAUAUUGGUAAUCCCUAUGCUGGGGGCUGUAGGCCGGAGUGCACCACCAACUCCGAAUGCCCCAAUCAUCUCGCCUGUCUGUCUCAGCAUUGCAGAGACCCUUGUCAAGGAUUAUGUGGUAUCAGUGCAGAAUGCGGUGUGGUGAAUCAUGUACCAGUAUGUACUUGCGGUAAAGGACUUAUUGGAGAUCCCUUCACGGCUUGUAGAGAACCACCUUUACAACCAAAAGCAGAACCGUGCGAACCCUCACCUUGCGGCCCCAACAGUGUUUGUCGAGUGCGAAAUGAUCAAGCCAUAUGUUCGUGUCAGAUCGGUUAUUUUGGCACCCCUCCAUCGUGCAGACCAGAAUGUCUUGUGAGCUCCGAGUGCAGCUUAGAUAAGGCCUGUAUAACACAAAGAUGUCAAGAUCCUUGUCCAGGAACCUGUGGCGUGCAAGCUAGAUGUCAAGUAAACAACCACAAUCCCAUCUGCAGCUGCCCCCCCAACUAUAUUGGUGAUCCAUUUGUGCAGUGUACCAAGCAAGUGAAAGUUCCAAACAGACCUCCCGUUCCUUGUGUACCGUCACCAUGCGGUGCGAAUGCAGAAUGUCGAACUGUUGACGAUCGGGCUGUUUGUUCUUGCCUCCCAGGAAUGUACGGCGCUCCUCCAAAUUGUCGACCAGAAUGUGUGAUUGAUCAAGACUGCCCAUUAAGUUUGGCGUGCACUGGAAACAAAUGUAAAGAUCCAUGCGUUGGUUCCUGUGGAUUUAACGCUCUAUGUAAUGCUGUCAAUCAUAGACCAAUAUGUAGCUGCCCCUCGGGCUUUGAAGGCGAUCCAUUCUCCGAUGGUUGCAACCCCAUACCAAUAAGAGACAUAAAGCGCGACCCAUGUAACCCAUCUCCUUGCGGAUCAAAUGCGAUAUGCACCGAAAGAAACGGUGCUGGUGCGUGUACUUGUACUAAGGGAUAUUUUGGUGAUCCCUACACUGGAUGUAGACCUGAAUGUAUAACAAAUAACGAUUGUCCCCAUGACAAGGCAUGUUUAGGGAUGAAAUGUAGAGAUCCCUGUCCUGGUAGUUGCGGCAUAAAUGCUGAAUGUAGUGUGUUCAAUCACAAUCCUCAAUGCCAUUGUCUACCGGGAUUUACUGGAAAUGCUUUGGCCUUUUGUCGGGAAAUAGAAAUCAUUCCGGAACUGCCCCAAAACCCCUGUGUUCCAUCACCGUGUGGCCCAUACAGUAUAUGUCACGUGGUAAACAACAGGCCAGUCUGCUCUUGUGGCAUCGGUUAUAUAGGAUCCCCACCAAAUUGCAAACCAGAAUGUGUAGUAAAUUCAGAAUGUCCUUUGGAUAAAGCAUGCCAGAAUCAAAAAUGUACAGACCCCUGUCCUGGCACGUGUGGCUUUAACGCCUUGUGUAAAGUAAUUGUUCAUAGUCCCAUUUGUAGCUGCCCACAAGGUUAUGUAGGUGACCCUUUCAGUAGAUGCUUAAGAGAAGAGAAACGCCCAAUUAUUCCUCAAGAAUCGUUAGAUCCUUGUGUACCAUCGCCAUGCGGACUUUUCUCCAAUUGCAGAGUGACAAAUGAUCAUCCAAUAUGCUCGUGUUUACCAAAUUAUUACGGUCAACCUCCCAAUUGUAGACCAGAAUGCACUGUACAUUCGGAAUGUUCCUUAACUAAAGCUUGUACAAAUCAAAGAUGUGUAGAUCCAUGCCCAGGAUCCUGCGGUUUAAAUGCCGAAUGUAGAACAAUUAAUCAUGUACCAGUAUGUUACUGUUUGCCUGGUUAUUCGGGAGAUCCCUUUUCAGGUUGCCGACAAUUCAUACCAAAAGAGGAACCUCCUCACCCAUGUAACCCAUCUCCUUGUGGUUCAAAUGCUAUUUGCAAAGAACUUAACGGUGCAGGAUCAUGCUCCUGUUUACCAGAAUAUGUUGGAGAUCCUUACUCAGGUUGUAGACCGGAAUGUGUAAUGAAUUCAGAUUGUCCGAGAGAUAAAUCUUGUGUAAAUAACAAAUGUAAGGAUCCUUGCCCUGGAACAUGUGGCUUAAAUGCAGACUGCCGCGUAAAUAAUCAUAUUCCCACUUGCCUAUGCCUUCCAGGAUUUACUGGAAAUCCAAUGAGUUCAUGUCACCAAAAACCACCUGAACCUACUAUUGUUGAGCCUACAAAUCCCUGUAUACCUUCGCCAUGUGGACCAUUUAGUCAGUGUAGGGUGGUCAAUUUGCAUGCUGUAUGUUCAUGUCAAACGAAUUAUAUUGGAGCACCACCAAUGUGCCGACCCGAAUGCUCUGUCAGUACCGACUGUGCGCAAGAUAAAGCAUGCAUUAAUCAAAAAUGUCGUGACCCCUGCCCAGGAACUUGUGGUUUAAAUGCUAGGUGCAAUGUAGUAAAUCACAAUCCAAUCUGUAGUUGCCCUCCUGGACAAGUAGGAGACCCAUUUGUCCGUUGUGUCCAGGAAGAAAAACGUGUGCCACCCCCACCAAGUGGUAACCCUUGUGUCCCCUCCCCUUGUGGAUUAAAUUCACAAUGUAGAGUUGUUGGUACGCAAGCUGCGUGCUCCUGUCUUCCCAAUUACAUAGGUCGCGCACCCAACUGUCGCCCUGAAUGUAGUAUUAACGCAGAAUGUCCCGGAAAUUUGGCUUGUAUAAAUGAAAAGUGUAAAGACCCUUGUCCUGGUUCUUGCGGAAUCAGCACCACGUGUAUUGUUGUUAAGCAUUCGCCAAACUGCCAGUGCCAACCGGGAUAUACUGGAGAUCCAUUUGGUGGUUGUUCCCCUAUACGAGUUGUGUCACCUCCCGAACACCAUGACCCCUGUAAUCCAUCUCCUUGUGGAGCCAAUGCUGUUUGCAAACAGUUGAAUGGUGCGGGAUCUUGUGCGUGUAUACCAGAAUACUUUGGUGAUCCUUACACCAGCUGCAGACCGGAAUGCGUAACUAACACAGACUGCCCCCGAGAUAAAGCUUGUUUGAAUAAUAAAUGUAAGGAUCCCUGUCCAGGUACUUGUGGAGUAAAUGCGGUAUGUAGGGUCUCGAACCAUGCACCAUCUUGUUUCUGUUUCGAUGGGUACACUGGAAAUCCAGCAACGGCCUGUCAUCUAGUCCAACCUACUAUCAAGGUACCUGAACCAGAACCUUGCCAACCGUCGCCUUGUGGACCUUACAGUCAAUGUAGGGUUGUAAACGGGCAUGCCGUAUGCUCAUGCCAAGCUAAUUACAUAGGUUCCCCCCCAACGUGUAGACCCGAAUGCAUGAUCAGUGCCGACUGUGCGCUGGAUAAAGCGUGUAUUAAUUCAAAAUGUCAGGAUCCUUGCCCGGGCACUUGCGGCUUAAACGCACUCUGUCAAGUCAUUAAUCAUAACCCGAUAUGCAGUUGCUCACCUGGCUUUACAGGAGAUCCUUUCGUGAGAUGUUUACAAGAACCGAAAAAACCGGUAGUAAUUCCAUCAGAAAAUCCAUGUCAACCAUCUCCAUGCGGUCCGAAUUCUCAAUGUAGGGCAAUAGGUAAUACACCGGCGUGUUCUUGUUUACCAAAUUAUGUCGGACGGGCCCCCAAUUGCCGCCCGGAAUGCACUAUAAAUGCUGAAUGCCCAGGCAAUUUAGCUUGUCAAAGAGAAAAAUGUGUAGAUCCUUGUCCAGGCUCGUGUGGCGCCAAUACCGAUUGUAUUGUAAUUACACACAGGCCAGUAUGUUCUUGUAGAGAAGGACAUACAGGUGAUCCUUUUGCUGGGUGCAGCCUUAUACCGAUAAUUCAGCCCGAGGAACCCCAAAACCCAUGCAAUCCCUCCCCAUGUGGUGCGAAUGCCGUAUGUAAAGAAAGAAAUAAUGUCGGUUCAUGUACAUGUUUACCAGAAUACUUUGGAGAUCCUUACACGGGAUGUAGACCAGAAUGUGUUACGAAUUCAGAUUGCCCGAGAGAUAGGGCAUGUGUAAACAAUAAAUGUAAAGAUCCUUGCCCGGGAACCUGUGGACUUAAUGCAGAAUGUAGCGUGAUAAACCAUGCACCGUCUUGUAACUGUUUGCCAGGCUACACGGGCAAUCCGUUAUCAUCUUGCCGACUUCCACCUCCACCUUUACCCGAACCAAAAGGAACUCCUUGUGAACCAUCACCUUGUGGACCAUACAGCAACUGUAGAGUUGUGAACGGCCAUGCUGUAUGUUCAUGCCAAACUAAUUAUAUUGGUACACCGCCUGCAUGCAAACCUGAAUGCAUGGUCAGCUCCGAGUGCCCACAAAAUAAAGCGUGUAUCAAAAAUAAAUGUAAAGAUCCUUGCCCCGGAACAUGUGGCUUAAAUGCGAGAUGCCAAGUUGUAAAUCACAACCCGAUUUGUAGUUGCCCACAGAAUUAUGUGGGGGAUCCUUUCGUUCGAUGCAUCUUGGAAGACCAAAAACCUGUUGUGCAACCAAGCGGAAACCCUUGUGUUCCCUCGCCUUGUGGACCAAACUCACAAUGUAGAGUGAUUGGUACACAAGCUGCAUGUUCUUGCCUUCCAAAUUAUAUAGGUCGAGCUCCAAACUGCAGACCAGAGUGCACUAUCAACGAGGAAUGCCCCGGAAAUCUUGCAUGUCAAAACGAGAAAUGUAAAGAUCCUUGUCCUGGUUCUUGUGGAUCUUCCACGACUUGUUUGGUUAUUAAGCAUGCCCCUGUUUGCCAAUGCAUGGCGGGCUAUACUGGUGAUCCCUUUACUGGAUGUUCUCUCAUACCACCUUCCCCUCCAGUCACAGAAAGGCCAAGGGAGCCUUGCAAUCCUUCACCAUGCGGCGCUAAUGCCGUAUGCAAGGAGAGAAAUGGUGCCGGAUCGUGUGCAUGCUUACCGGAAUACUUUGGAGAUCCCUACACUGGCUGUAGACCAGAAUGUGUUACAAAUUCCGAUUGCGACCGCAGUAGAGCAUGCGUUAAUAAUAAAUGUGUAGAUCCAUGCCCCGGAACCUGUGGGUUAAAUGCCGAAUGUAGAGUUAUUAAUCAUGCCCCAUCUUGUACCUGCAUUGCAGGAUAUUCGGGUGAUCCCAUAAAAGCAUGUAUUCUUAUUCAAUCUGUUGUAGAGGAACCGCCACAGAACCCUUGCCAACCUUCACCUUGUGGUCCGUAUAGUCAGUGUCGUGAAGUAAAUGGCCAUGCAGUUUGCUCUUGUAACAUUGGAUAUAUAGGGUCACCACCGAUGUGUAGACCCGAAUGCGUAGUUAGCUCGGAAUGUCCCCAGGACAAAUCUUGUGUGUCACAGAAAUGCGUAGAUCCUUGUCCUGGCACAUGCGGAUUAAAUGCCCAAUGUAGGGUUGUCAACCACAACCCCAUUUGCACUUGUUCUCCAGGAUUUACUGGAGACGCAUUCACGCGCUGUGCAAAAAUUGAAAUACCUCCAUCUCCUCCAGAAAUUGGAAACCCAUGUGUGCCUUCGCCAUGUGGGCCAAACUCUCAAUGUAGAUUAAUCGGUUCUCAACCUGCAUGCUCUUGCUUACCGAACUUUAUUGGCCGUCCACCUAAUUGUCGGCCAGAAUGUAUAAACGAUUCUGAAUGCCCCAAUAAUCUAGCAUGCAAAAAUGAAAAAUGUCGGGAUCCUUGCCCCGGCUCAUGUGGUAAUAAUGCCCAGUGCACGGUAGUCAAUCACAGCCCAGCCUGUUCUUGUUUCCCAGGCUACAUUGGUGAUCCCUUUAGCUCUUGUACUUUACCCCCUACGCCAUUAACGGAGCAUACACCAACUUCACCUUGUUCUCCAUCUCCAUGUGGGCCCAAUGCUGAGUGCCGUGAAAGAAAUGGUGCAGGAGCAUGUUUGUGUUUCCCAGGUUAUGAAGGUGAUCCUUACGACAGCAACAAAGGAUGCCGCAGAGAGUGUGAAAUCAAUUCCGACUGUUCGCCUAUUUUGGCUUGUAUCGCUUAUAAAUGUGUUGAUCCGUGUCCGGGAACUUGCGGCACCAGAGCCGAAUGUCACGUUAACAAGCAUGUACCGACAUGCAUAUGCCCACCUAAUUUAACAGGAGAUCCGUUCUUCCAAUGUAACGAACUGCCUCCGGCUGGACCUAGGGUGCCAGAAGAUCCUUGUAAACCGACACCAUGCGGACUGAACAGCCAAUGUAGGAAUGUUAACAAUCAGGCAGUGUGUUCAUGCUUGCCCAACUACAUCGGUAGCCCCCCUAAUUGCAGACCUGAAUGUAUGGUCAAUUCUGAGUGUACUCCGGAUAGGGCAUGUAUAAAUCAAAAAUGUGCCGAUCCUUGUCCAAACACGUGCGGAUUGGGAGCGCAAUGUACAACCAAAAAUCACAAUCCAAUAUGCGCCUGCCCUCCUGGGUACACCGGAGAUCCCUUCAGUAAAUGUUCGCCAAGAGUGGUUACAGAACCUCCAACUACAGAAAGGCCACCAUCCUGCUAUCCAUCACCAUGUGGACCAAAUUCCCAAUGUAGAAUUGUUGGAAAUAGCCCGACUUGCUCUUGUUUACCAGAUUUCAAUGGUACCCCACCAAACUGCAGACCCGAGUGUAUUCUCAACACAGAAUGUAACAACCAACUGGCUUGCAUUAAUCAAAAAUGCAGAGAUCCCUGUCCUGGCUCUUGCGGUGGAAACGCAGAGUGUCACGUAAUUAGCCAUGUGCCGAUAUGCACAUGUAGCCCCGGUCAUACCGGUGAUCCGUUUACUCAGUGCAACUUAAUACCUCCUGUUACCACUCCACCCCCUCCAAGGGACCCUUGCAACCCAUCCCCAUGCGGCCCGAAUGCUGUUUGUGAUGAGGGAGUAUGCACAUGCAUAACGGAGUACAUCGGAAAUCCGUAUGAAUCUUGUAGACCAGAAUGUGUUCUUAGCACUGAAUGCUCAAGGGAUAAAGCCUGUAUUAGAAAUAAAUGUGUCGAUCCUUGCCCUGGAACGUGCGGGCAAAAUGCCCGUUGUGACGUGAUCAAUCAUAUUCCAACUUGUUCCUGUCCUGAUGGUUUCACAGGCGACCCCUUCACAAACUGCCGAGUUGCUAGUCCGCCACCACCGAGAACAGAUCCUUGCAAUCCGUCACCUUGUGGACCGAAUAGUUUAUGUAAAAAUAUCGAUGAUCAUGCUGUAUGCUCCUGUAUACAAGGUUAUGAAGGUAGCCCGCCAUCGUGUAAACCUGAAUGUGUUGUUAAUGGAGAAUGUCCGCAAAAUAGAGCGUGCGUCAACCAGAAAUGUAUCGAUCCUUGUCCAGGUUCCUGCGGAAUCAGAGCGCGCUGCGAAGUGCGAAAUCAUAGCCCCAUAUGCAGUUGUCCUGAAGGACAAACAGGAGAUCCGUUCCAAAGUUGCAGAGAUUUACCCAUAGAGAGAGUAACACCGAGCCCGAUUCCAGAAGAUCCUUGUCAGCCAUCUCCUUGCGGACCUAAUUCUAUGUGUAAAAGAGUCGGGGACUCACCGUCCUGCACUUGUCUACCGAAUUACAUUGGAAAUCCACCGAAUUGCAGGCCAGAGUGUGUGAUAAAUCCCGAUUGUCCAAACACCGAGGCUUGUAUUAACAAUAAAUGUAAAGACCCUUGUCCUGGCAGUUGUGGAGAAAAUGCAGAAUGUCGAGUAAUUAGUCACACUGUCAGCUGUUCGUGUUCGCCUGGAUUUACCGGAAAUCCUUUCAUACAAUGUUCCGUGCAAGAGGUGAUCAUUAACCCAUGUGAACCAUCUCCAUGUGGCGCAAAUGCAGAAUGUAAACAGAGGAACGGUGCGGGAGCCUGCACUUGCAUUCAAGAUUAUCAAGGCAAUCCGUAUGAAGGCUGUAGACCGGAAUGCAUUCUUAGUUCAGAUUGUACAACCAACAAGGCCUGUAUCAGAAAUAAGUGUGCCGACCCAUGUCCAGGUACCUGCGGACAAAAUGCAGAAUGUUCCGUUAUCAAUCACAUACCAGCUUGUACUUGUAUUCCCGGUUACAGCGGUGAUCCAUUUGUUGUCUGUUCAGUUGCACCCACGCCACCUGUCACUGUGCCUUCUAUAAUAGAUCCAUGCAGCCCAUCGCCGUGCGGUCCCUACAGUCAGUGCCGCAGUAUAAACGACCAAGCCGUGUGCUCCUGCCUACCAGAGUACACAGGAUCCCCACCGAACUGUAAACCCGAAUGCGUCGUUAGUUCCGAAUGUCCACAAAACCGUGCGUGCCAUAAAUUCAAAUGUGCCAAUCCGUGUGCUGGAACAUGCGGCAUAGGUGCCAGAUGCGAAGUCAUCAACCACAACCCUAUUUGUAGCUGUGCUCCGGGACUGACGGGCGAUCCAUUCUCAAGAUGUUACGAGUUACCGCCUCCGCCACCAGAAAAAAGACCAACUCCCUUAAAUCCAUGUGUUCCGUCUCCGUGUGGACCAAACUCAGAAUGCCGGGUAAUAGGGGAUCAACCCUCUUGUUCGUGUCGCUCCACUUAUAUAGGAGCACCACCGAACUGUCGACCUGAAUGCGUUGUAAACACUGAUUGCCCUUCAACUGUGGCGUGUAUCACAGAAAAGUGUAAAGAUCCCUGUCCCGGCUCUUGUGGGUUCAACGCCGAAUGUAGAGUACAGAACCACAUCCCAAUAUGUACCUGCGCGGACAAUUUCACUGGUGACGCAUUUACAGAAUGUACUAGGGUAGUACCUCCCGAUGUCUCUAUACCAGAUCCGUGCAACCCGUCACCUUGUGGGCAAAAUACAGAAUGCGAUAACGGUAUCUGCAGGUGCUUACCACUGUAUCAAGGGGACCCCCAUAUUGGAUGUAGGCCGGAGUGUACACUGAACACCGAUUGUUCUCCCAACAAAGCCUGCAAAAAUUUGAAAUGUGUCGAUCCCUGCCCAGGAACAUGCGGUCAAGGGGCAGAGUGCUUCGUCGUGAACCACAUCCCAAGUUGUAGUUGUCCCACUGGAUAUGAAGGCGAUCCGUUCACCAGCUGCAGGCUGAUUAAAAUAGUUGUACCACAAAAUCCAUGUCAACCAUCACCUUGUGGACCAAACAGCGUAUGCAGAGUAAAUAACGAUCUUGCGGUAUGUUCUUGCCAACCGGGCUUGAUCGGUAGCCCUCCAGCUUGUCGACCAGAAUGCAUAGUCAGUGCCGAAUGUCCACUAACACAGGCGUGUAUCAAUAGCAAGUGUGUCGACCCCUGCCCAGGUACAUGCGGAAUCAGCGCUAAAUGUCAAGUGGUCAAUCACAACCCGAUAUGCAGUUGCACUCAAGGAAACACAGGAGAUCCGUUUACAAGAUGCUACCCCCUGCCUCAGAAAGGACCGGAACCGAGGAACCCGUGCGAUCCGAGCCCGUGCGGUCCGAACUCGAUAUGCCAAGUCCGAGGGGAGAGCCCCGCUUGUUCGUGCAUUGAAAAUUACGUUGGUAUGCCGCCUAACUGCCGGCCGGAGUGUACGAUAAACCCCGAGUGUCCGAAUACGCGAUCUUGUAUCAAUCAGAAGUGCAAAGAUCCUUGUCCGGGAAGUUGCGGUUCUAACGCGGUGUGUAGUGUAGUGAACCACAAUGCUCAGUGUACCUGCCUUCCUGGAUAUGUCGGUGAUCCGUUCCAAGGCUGCAUUCUUCAACCAGAAAAAGUCCAACCCCCAGAACAAAUUAAUCCCUGCGUGCCUUCCCCUUGCGGAACAAAUGCAAUUUGUAAGGAGCGAAAUGGAGCUGGUUCUUGCUUAUGUUUACCCGAAUAUGUUGGAAACCCCUAUGAAUCUUGCAGGCCUGAAUGUGUUCACAACUCAGACUGUUCUUCCAACAGAGCGUGUAUUAGAAAUAAGUGUGUGGACCCAUGUCCGGGAACAUGUGGCACAGAUGCUGAUUGCCAAGUCAUAAACCACUCCCCCUCAUGCAAUUGCAGACCAGGAUACACCGGGGAUCCAUUUAGAUUUUGCGCCAUAAUCCCCCCAGAGCCUGUUUCCGAUGUUACGCCGACCAUCCCUUGCCAGCCAACACCUUGUGGACCAAAUAGUCAGUGUCGUGAAGUUAACGAGCAAGCUGUUUGUUCUUGUUUACCAAACUAUAUAGGUAGUCCACCUGGUUGUAGACCUGAAUGUGUAGUAAGUUCAGAAUGUCCAUCAAACAGAGCUUGUAUUAACCAAAGGUGCUCUGACCCUUGCCCUGGGACGUGCGGUCUCAGUGCUAAAUGUCAAGUCAUAAACCACAGCCCAAUCUGUAGUUGCAUAAACAGUUACAGCGGAGAUCCCUUUACGAGAUGUUACCCCAUACCACCACCUGCACCUGAACCUGAACCUAUAAGAAACCCUUGUUUACCUUCGCCUUGCGGGCCCAAUUCUCAGUGCAGAGAUAUCGGCGGAUCACCCUCUUGCUCUUGUUUGCCUCAGUUUAUUGGUAACCCUCCUAACUGCCACCCAGAAUGCGUAAUGAACUCUGAAUGUCCAAGUAACUUAGCUUGCAUUCGAGAAAAAUGUGUAGAUCCUUGUCCGGGAUCUUGCGGAACUAAUGCUCAAUGUACCGUAUUAAACCAUAAUUCUAUUUGUACUUGCACAGAAGGUUUUACUGGUGAUCCAUUUACAAAUUGUUAUCUCAAACCUACGGAAAUCGAACCACAGGUGGUGAAAGACCCGUGCAACCCUUCACCUUGCGGUGCAAAUGCUCAAUGUGACGACGGCAUAUGUACAUGUUUCCCCGAAUAUCAAGGAGACCCAUACAGGGGUUGCAGGCCUGAAUGUGUACUUAACAGUGAUUGUCCUAGAGACAGGGCUUGUGUCAGAAACAAAUGCAUUGAUCUUUGUCCAGGAACUUGUGCAUCAACGGCUAUCUGUCAGGUUAUCAACCACAUACCCAUGUGCAGUUGCCCAGCCGGUUAUACCGGAAACGCAUUUGUAGACUGCAGAGCAGUAGAAAUACCACCUAAACGAAACCCAUGUAAUCCAUCCCCGUGCGGACCAAACAGUCAAUGUAGAGAGAUUAACGGACAGGCUGUUUGUUCAUGUGUACCUGGUUUUAUUGGUAGCCCACCUACUUGCCGACCUGAAUGUCUCACUAGCUCAGAAUGUUCUCUCACUCAAGCAUGUGUUAAUCAAAAAUGCAUCGACCCUUGCCCUGGUACUUGUGGAAUUAAUACUCAGUGCCAAGUCAUCAAUCACAAUCCGAUUUGCAGUUGUAUUGCGAACUAUAUUGGCGACCCAUUCACAAGAUGUCUUCCAAAACCUGCAGAGGACUUGCCAGUAAUCAAAAUAAACCCUUGCGAACCGACCCCUUGCGGCUUGUAUUCCCAGUGUAAGGCAAUAGGCGAUUCCCCAUCAUGCUCUUGUUUACCAGAUUAUACAGGCUCUCCUCCAAACUGUAGACCAGAGUGUGUUACUAACAGCGAAUGCCCGUUCCAUCUUGCGUGCAUAAAUCAAAGAUGCAAAGAUCCCUGUCCAGGAACGUGCGGCACAUUCGCAGAGUGCCGUGUAGUCAGCCACACACCCAACUGUGUGUGUAAUUCUGGUUAUGAAGGUGAUCCUUUCACUCAGUGUAGACUCAUUCAAACCCCCAUUUCACAAGAAUUAGUAAAUCCAUGUGUGCCAAGCCCAUGUGGUGCAAAUGCUGUUUGUAAGGUACGAAACAACGCAGGGUCUUGUACAUGUCUACCGGAUUAUAUUGGCAACCCCUAUGAAGGUUGUCGACCUGAGUGUGUCCUAAAUUCUGAUUGUCCCUCUAAUAAGGCUUGUAUUAGAAACAAGUGCAUGGAUCCUUGUCCAGGAACUUGUGGACAAAAUGCAAUUUGCCAAGUCAUUAACCAUUUACCGUCCUGUACCUGCACACCGGGGUACACAGGAGAUCCGUUUAGAUUCUGCAAUGUCAUAGUAAAAGAAACAAUAAAAGAUACACCUCCUUCAAACCCAUGCCAACCGUCGCCAUGCGGACCAAACAGCCAAUGUCGAGAAGUUAACAGUCAAGCCGUUUGUUCGUGUUUGCCAAAUUAUAUCGGUAGUCCUCCCGGUUGUAGGCCCGAAUGCACUGUCAGUUCUGAAUGUCCUCAUGUCAAAGCUUGUAUAAACCAGAAAUGUGUUGACCCUUGCCCAGGCACAUGUGGUUUAAAUGCUAACUGUCAGGUUAUAAAUCACAGUCCAAUUUGUAGUUGCCAAGCGAGAUAUACUGGAGAUCCAUUCACCAGAUGUUUCCCGAUACCACCACCCCCACCAGAGAGGAUACCCAUUAUUGUAAACCCUUGUAUUCCUUCUCCUUGCGGCCCCAACAGUGAAUGUAGAAACAUUAACGGUUCACCUUCAUGUUCUUGUUUGGCCAGUUACAUUGGCAGUCCACCAAAUUGCAGACCGGAAUGUACAAUAAAUCCAGAAUGUCCAAGCAACUUAGCGUGUAUGAGGGAAAAAUGUAGAGACCCUUGUCCGGGUUCUUGCGGUUCCGGAGCCCAAUGUAGUGUUAUAAAUCACACUCCGAUCUGUACAUGCCCUGAGGGUUAUACUGGAGAUCCAUUUAGUUACUGCCAGCUCAAACCACCGACAAUCGAACCCCAGAUAACCGAUCCUUGUAACCCCUCACCAUGUGGCCCUAAUGCCCAAUGCGACAAUGGAGUUUGUACCUGUCUACCUGAAUACCAAGGUGAUCCCUACAGGGGUUGUAGACCAGAAUGUGUUCUCAAUAAUGACUGCCCCAGAGACAGAGCUUGUAUAAGAAAUAAAUGUGUCGAUCCAUGCCCUGGUACUUGUGGUACUAAUGCCCUUUGUUCGGUUAUCAAUCAUAUACCGAUGUGUACUUGUAUUGAAGGAUAUGUAGGAAACGCAUUCAUUUUAUGUAAUCGAAUUCCAGUUGAAGUUCCAAAGAACCCAUGUAGCCCAUCUCCUUGUGGUCCCAAUAGUCAAUGCAGGGAAAUAAAUGAACAAGCUGUUUGCUCAUGCGUUCCAGGGUUCAUAGGUAGCCCACCAACAUGCCGCCCAGAGUGUGUUACAAGUUCAGAGUGUUCACUUAACCAAGCAUGCGUAAAUCAGAAAUGUAUUGAUCCAUGCCCAGGAACUUGCGGAAUCAAUACCCAAUGUCAAGUUGUCAAUCAUAAUCCUAUAUGCAGUUGUCUACCUAAAUAUUCAGGAGAUCCAUUUACAAAUUGCAUCCCAAUACCUGAUGUACAACCAAUACAAGAACACAUCAAUCCCUGUCAACCUUCGCCAUGCGGUUUCAACGCCGAAUGUCGAGUUAUAAAUGAUAGCCCCUCUUGUUCUUGUUUGCCAGAUUUCGUCGGUGCACCGCCAAACUGCCGGCCAGAAUGUGUCAGUAACAGCGAAUGUGCUAGUCAUUUAGCCUGUAUAAAUAGAAAAUGUAAAGAUCCCUGUCCUGGCACUUGCGGAUUAAAUGCGGAAUGUAGAGUUGUUAGUCACACUCCAAACUGUAUUUGUUCUUCCGGCUACUUUGGAGAUCCUUUCACGCAAUGUAAUGUUCAACACCCUGUCCCUGAAAUUAUAAAUCCCUGCAAUCCAUCCCCUUGUGGUGUUAACGCCCAGUGUAAGGAAAGAAAUAAUGCUGGAUCAUGUGUGUGCUUACCUGAAUACAUUGGAAAUCCUUAUGAAGGUUGCAGACCAGAAUGUUCUGUCAAUUCAGAUUGCCCCUCCAACAAAGCCUGUAUCAAUAACAAGUGUAAGGAUCCUUGUCCUGGCACAUGUGGACAAAAUGCCAACUGCCAAGUUAUUAAUCAUUUGCCUUCGUGCACUUGUAUCCCAGGUUACACGGGUGAUCCAUUUAGACGUUGCAAUUUACAAUUGCCAGAACCUCAAUUGGAUGACACUCCCAAGAACCCCUGUCAGCCUUCACCCUGCGGACCAAACAGUCAGUGUCGUGAAGUUAAUCAACAGGCCGUCUGCUCAUGCUUACCAAAUUAUAUUGGUAGUCCCCCUGGUUGCCGCCCAGAAUGUACUGUCAGUUCUGAGUGUGCUCCAAAUAAAGCUUGUAUAAACCAGAAAUGUGCCGACCCUUGCCCAGGCACGUGUGGAUUGAACGCUAAUUGCCAAGUUAUAAAUCAUAGCCCCAUUUGCAGUUGUCAAUCGAAAUAUACCGGUGAUCCAUUUACCAGAUGUUUCCCUAUACCACCUCCCCCAGACGUUAAAAUCCCCCCUGCCAAAAUAAAUCCGUGUGUUCCCUCACCUUGCGGACCUAAUUCUCAAUGUAGAGAAAUAGGAGACUCUCCAUCCUGUUCUUGUCUAGUUGGUUUCAUCGGCAGCCCACCUAAUUGUAGACCAGAGUGUGUGAUCAAUCCGGAAUGCUCUAGCAAUUUGGCUUGUAUCCGAGAAAAAUGUCGAGAUCCAUGUCCUGGUUCUUGUGGCGCUGGUGCGCAGUGUAGCGUAAUAAAUCACACUCCCAUCUGUACUUGCCCUGAAGGAUACACCGGAGAUCCGUUCAGCUAUUGCCAACCAAAACCACCUUCAACACCAGCACCUACAAUAACGGACCCGUGCAACCCUUCACCUUGUGGUUCUAACGCACAAUGCAACGAUGGUGUUUGCACUUGCUUAGCUGAAUACCAUGGUGAUCCUUAUACAGGUUGUAGACCCGAAUGUAUCUUGAGCUCUGAUUGUCCGAAAGAUAAAGCCUGCGUAAGAAAUAAAUGCAUAGACCCCUGUCCCGGCACUUGCGGAACAAAUGCUGAAUGUGCUGUUAUUAAUCACAUUCCUAUGUGUACUUGUAUACAAGGUUACGCGGGAAAUGCCUUCUUAGUAUGCUCUCCGAUUCCAGCUGAAGUCAAGAAAAAUCCUUGUAAUCCAACACCUUGCGGGCCUAACAGUCAGUGUAGGGAGAUUAAUAAUCAAGCGGUUUGCUCGUGUAUCCCAGGAUUUAUCGGUAGCCCUCCUACAUGCAGACCAGAAUGUGUUACGAGUCAAGAAUGCUCGUUAAGUCAAGCAUGUGUUAAUCAAAAAUGUAUCGACCCAUGCCCAGGAACGUGCGGCAUUAAUGCCAAAUGUCAGGUCAUCAAUCACAAUCCCAUUUGCUCAUGUCUACCAUCUUAUUCCGGAGAUCCCUUCGUUAGAUGUUUAGUGAUUGAGCGUGAACCAGAAGUAAUACCCACGAACCCCUGCCAACCAUCACCAUGUGGACCUAAUAGUCAGUGUAAACCUGUUGAAGAUUCUCCAUCAUGUUCUUGUCUUCCUGAAUAUCAAGGUUCUCCUCCGAACUGCAGACCUGAAUGUGUUAGUAACAGUGAAUGUUCUAAUCAUUUAGCGUGUAUCAAUCAAAAGUGUAAAGAUCCCUGCCCUGGUACUUGCGCACCUAAUGCUGAAUGUAGAGUAAUUAGUCACACUCCGAACUGUGUUUGUCCAACUGGUUUCACGGGAGACCCAUUCACGCAAUGUACUCCCAGAUUACCGGAAAUAUCGCCAGAACGUUUAACACCCUGUACCCCAUCACCGUGUGGAGCCAACGCACAAUGUAAAGAACAAAACGGUGCCGGCUCUUGCACUUGUCUUCCCGACUACAUUGGAAAUCCUUACGAAGGCUGUAGACCAGAAUGUGUCUUAAAUUCAGAUUGUCCAUAUAACAAGGCUUGUAUAAAUCAAAAAUGUAAAGAUCCCUGCCCAGGUACUUGUGGUCAAAACGCAGAGUGCCAAGUUGUUAACCACUUGCCGCUUUGCACAUGUGUAGUAGGAUACACUGGAGAUCCAUUCAGAUAUUGCAAUAUAAUUCCUUCUGAACCUUUAAAAGAUGAACCUCCUAGGAACCCAUGUCAUCCUAGCCCUUGCGGGCCUAAUAGUCAAUGCCGCGAAGUUAAUGGUCAAGCAGUCUGCUCUUGUUUGCCGAACUAUAUCGGUAGUCCUCCAGGAUGUAGGCCAGAGUGCACUGUCAGUUCAGAGUGUACUCAACAUAAAGCUUGUAUAAAUCAGAAAUGUGCUGACCCUUGCCCAGGCACGUGUGGCUUGAAUGCCAAGUGUCAGGUUAUAAACCAUAGUCCAAUUUGUAGUUGUGAAAUAAGAUUCACUGGGGAUCCUUUCACGAGGUGUUAUCCAGUACCUCCACCUCCACCAGAACCCAUUCAACCCUUAACACUUAACCCUUGCGUACCAUCCCCUUGUGGGCCAAACAGUCAAUGUAGAGAUGUCAGAGGUUCCCCUUCCUGUUCUUGUUUGCCAAAUUACUCCGGAAGUCCACCAAACUGUAGGCCAGAAUGUUCUAUCAACUCAGAAUGUCCCAGCAAUUUAGCUUGUAUCAGAGAAAAAUGCAAGGAUCCCUGUCCUGGUUCAUGCGGUUCAAGAGCCGUUUGUAGUGUAAUAAACCAUACACCCAUUUGCACAUGUGCUGAAGGAUUUGUCGGCGAUCCGUUUACUUAUUGCCAACCUAAACCUCCAAUCAGAGAGCCCGUCGAGCAAGAUCCCUGCAACCCCUCACCUUGUGGAUCAAACGCACAAUGCGAUAAUGGAAUUUGCAGUUGUUUACCAGAAUAUCAAGGAGAUCCUUAUCGAGGUUGUCGGCCAGAGUGUGUCUUGAACAAUGAUUGUUCCCGAGAUAAGGCAUGCCUACAAAGUAAAUGCAAAGAUCCUUGUCCAGGAAUUUGUGGCGAAAACGCACAGUGCAAUGUAGUAAACCAUAUACCGAUGUGCAGUUGUUUGCCGGAUUAUUCAGGAAAUGCGUUUGUCAGCUGUAGGCGUAUUGAACGACCUCCACCUAAAAAUCCUUGCAGCCCAACCCCUUGCGGACCCAAUAGUCAAUGUAGGGAAAUAAACCAACAGGCCGUUUGCUCCUGCAUACCCGGAUUUAUAGGCAGCCCUCCUACAUGCAGACCCGAAUGUGUCACUAGCUCUGAAUGCCCCCUCAGUGAGGCUUGCGUGAAUCAGAAAUGUAUUGACCCUUGUCCUGGAACGUGUGGUGUGUCCGCUCACUGUCAAGUAGUAAAUCACAAUCCUAUAUGUAGUUGUCCCCCGCAGUACACAGGGGAUCCAUUUAUUCGAUGCCUCCCGCGACUAGAAGAAGAUCCAGUAGUUGUUCCUGUCAAUCCUUGCCAACCCUCUCCUUGCGGUCCAAAUUCUCAGUGUAGAGCCGUAGGUGAUUCACCCUCUUGUUCUUGCUUGGAGGAAUUUGUCGGAACUCCACCUAAUUGCAAACCGGAGUGCAUCAGCAACAGUGAAUGUCCCAAUCACUUAGCUUGUAUAAACCAGAAAUGCAAAGACCCAUGUCCAGGCACUUGUGGAUUGAAUGCGGAAUGUCGGGUGGUUAGUCACACGCCAAACUGUCUGUGUAUUCAAGGAUAUAUCGGAGACCCGUUCAGUCAGUGUUCUCUACCGGUAGCCAUUCCAAAUGAAGUUGUGUCUCCAUGUUCGCCAUCACCUUGCGGUUCCAAUGCUCAGUGCAGAGAGCAAAACAGAGCUGGCGCUUGUGUCUGUCUUCCUGAUUAUAUAGGAAAUCCUUAUGAAGGCUGUAGACCCGAAUGCACAUUGAACACCGAUUGUCCAUCCAACAAGGCAUGCAUAAAUAACAAAUGUAAAGAUCCAUGUCCGGGAACCUGUGGACCCAAUGCAAACUGUCAAGUGGUUAGCCACAUACCUUCCUGUACUUGUAUCGGAGGUUAUACUGGUGAUCCAUUCAGAUACUGCAAUCUUAUUAUCGUCGAAGAUAUUAAACCAGAACCAACAAAUCCUUGCCAACCGUCUCCAUGUGGUCCAAACAGUCAAUGUCGGGAAGUUAACGGCCAAUCCGUAUGCUCCUGUUUGCCAAACUAUAUCGGAAGUCCACCUGGUUGCAGACCAGAAUGUGUGGUCAGCACUGAAUGCCCCUCGAACAGAGCUUGCGUAAACCAAAAAUGCAUUGACCCCUGCCCCAGCACUUGUGGUUUAAGUGCGGAAUGUCAGGUUAUCAACCACAGUCCAAUAUGUAGUUGCAAGCAUGGAAAUACUGGGAAUCCCUUCACUCGUUGCUUCCCAAUACCACCACCACCACCGCUGCAUACAGAACCAGUUAUUGUUAAUCCAUGUGUACCUUCUCCGUGUGGUCCGAACAGCCAAUGUAGAGAUGUCGGUUCCUCGCCAUCUUGUUCCUGUUUGCCAAACUUCUUUGGAAGUCCCCCCAAUUGUAGGCCGGAGUGCACCAUAAAUUCAGAAUGUUCCAGUAACUUGGCUUGUAUAAACCAAAAAUGUGUAGAUCCGUGUCCAGGUUCUUGUGGUAUUAUUGCCGAAUGUAAUGUCUUUAAUCACAUACCCACCUGUUCUUGUCCUGAAGGAUAUACUGGUGACCCGUUCACUAGCUGCGUUAUCAAACCACCUCAACCGUCGAUACCAGAAGAUCCUUGUAAUCCAUCUCCUUGUGGCUCCAAUGCCAAAUGUGAUAACGGUAUAUGCACUUGCCUGCCAGAAUAUCAGGGUGACCCUUACUCUGGAUGCAGGCCAGAAUGUAUUUCCAACAGUGAGUGUCCUAGAGAUAAAGCUUGUAUAAGGAAUAAGUGUGUUGAUCCUUGUCCUGGAACCUGUGGCCAAAAUGCUCAAUGCACGGUGUACGAUCACAUACCGAUGUGCGCCUGUUUGCCAGGUUUUACUGGAAACUCUUUCAUUGUAUGCACGGAAAUUAGAGUGCCUGUCAUUGUAAAUCCGUGCACGCCAUCACCAUGUGGUACAAACAGUCAGUGUAGGGAAAUCAACCAACAAGCAGUUUGCUCGUGCUUACCCAACUAUAUAGGCAGUCCUCCAACAUGCAGACCUGAAUGUAUUUCUAGCUCAGAAUGUUCUUUGAAUCAAGCAUGUGUUAAUCAAAAAUGCAUCGACCCUUGUCCAGGAACUUGCGGAAUAACCGCUAAAUGUCAAGUUGUCAAUCACAAUCCAAUUUGUAGUUGCCCUCCGCGAUAUACAGGCGAUCCCUUCAUCAGAUGCUCUUUAAUUCCUCAAGAAGAAUCCCCACAACCUACGAAUCCUUGUCUACCAUCUCCUUGUGGACCCAAUGCACAGUGCAAAGAAAUAAAUGGCUCUCCAUCAUGUUCUUGCCUUCCUGAAUUUAUAGGGUCCCCGCCAAGCUGUAGGCCAGAAUGUGUCAGUAAUAGCGAAUGCGCAAAUCCUUUGGCUUGUAUAAACAACAAGUGUAAAGAUCCUUGUCCUGGAACUUGCGGAGCUUAUGCAGAAUGUAGAGUACUCAGUCACACUCCGAAUUGCGCCUGUACACCUGGUUACACCGGAGAUCCUUUUACCGCCUGCAUUUUAAUUCAAGCCGUAGUCCCCGAUGAGGUUAUUUCUCCUUGCAAUCCUUCCCCAUGUGGGGCAAAUGCUGACUGUAGAGUACACAACAGGGCCGGUUCUUGUACCUGCCUUCCGGAAUAUAUCGGCAAUCCUUAUGAAGGAUGUAGACCAGAAUGUAGUCUGAACUCUGACUGUGCCCCUAAUAAGGCUUGUAUUAAUAAUAAAUGUGCCGAUCCUUGCCCUGGAACUUGCGGUCAGAAUGCCAACUGUCAAGUAAUCAAUCACCUCCCAUCGUGUACUUGCCUGCCCGGUUAUACUGGAGAUCCGUUCCGAUACUGCAAUUUACCCCCACCAGAACCAUUAGUACCUGAAGUACCGCAAAAUCCAUGCCAACCAACUCCUUGUGGACCAAAUAGUCAGUGCCGAGAAGUAAACGGUCAGGCGGUAUGCUCUUGCCUUCCCGAUUAUAUCGGUAGUCCUCCAGGAUGUAGACCCGAGUGCACUGUCAGUUCGGAAUGUGCUCAAAACCGAGCUUGUAUUAAUCAGAAAUGUGUUGACCCAUGUCCCGGUACUUGUGGUUUGAGCGCCAAUUGUCAAGUGAUCAAUCACAGCCCAAUUUGUUCCUGUGUAGCAAGAUUCACCGGAGAUCCGUUUACGAGAUGUUAUCCUGUCCCACCCCCUCCACCCAUAUUAUACACGGAACCUGUGCGAGACCCAUGUGUUCCGUCCCCCUGUGGUCCAAAUGCGCUCUGCUCUAACCGCCAAGGAUCUCAUUCCUGCGCCUGUCUACCAAAUUACUUUGGCAGUCCUCCAAGUUGCAGGCCUGAAUGUACCAUCAAUUCAGAGUGUUCCAGUAACUACGCCUGCAUCAAUCAAAGAUGUAAAGACCCUUGUCCAGGAUCUUGCGGAUCGAGCGCACUUUGCAACGUAAUAAACCAUACUCCUAUCUGUAGUUGCCCUGUAGGAUUCACUGGAGAUCCAUUCAGUUACUGUCAACCUAAACCUCCAGUUACAGAACCCGUUGUUCAAGAUCCUUGCAAUCCGUCACCUUGUGGGCCUAAUGCGCAAUGCAAUGAUGGCAUAUGUACUUGCCUGCCAGAAUAUCAUGGCGAUCCUUAUAGAGGUUGCAGGCCCGAAUGCGUUCUUAACAAUGAUUGUCCCAGAGACAAGGCUUGCAUAAGGAACAAAUGUGUGGAUCCAUGUCCCGGAACUUGUGGGCAAAAUGCGGAAUGUUCUGUCAUCAACCAUAUUCCUUCCUGUACUUGCUUAGUAGGUUAUGUUGGAAAUGCAUUUGUUGUGUGUAACAAGAUACCUGCUCAAGUCAUUACACAUCCAUGUAGUCCCACACCUUGUGGUCCUAAUAGUCAAUGUAGGGAAGUGAAUAGUCGGGCGGUAUGUUCUUGUGUUCCUGGUUUCAUCGGUAGUCCACCUGCUUGUAGGCCUGAGUGUGUGACGAGUUCCGAGUGUUCUCUAAGUCAGGCAUGUUUGAAUCAAAAAUGUAUCGAUCCAUGUCCGGGGACUUGUGGUAUUAACGCCUUAUGUCAAGUUGUAAAUCACAACCCCAUAUGCAGCUGUCCAGCAAAACUUAGCGGGGAUCCCUUCACAAGAUGUUUGCCAAUACAAGCGGAUGUACCACCGACUCCAACGCAUCCAUGCAAUCCGUCUCCUUGCGGACCUAACGCUCAAUGUAAAGAAAUCAAUGACUCUCCCUCCUGUUCAUGCCUUCAAGAUUUUAUUGGGUCUCCCCCCAACUGCAGACCAGAAUGUGUUACGAACAGUGAAUGCUCAAAUCACUUGGCCUGUAUUAAUCAGAAAUGUAAAGAUCCUUGUCCAGGAGUUUGCGGACAAAGCGCCGAAUGUAGAGUCGUUAGCCACACACCAAAUUGUGUUUGUAUUUCGGGUUAUACUGGCAAUCCCUUCAUCCAAUGUCUGCCACCACCACCUCCACCUAGAGAUGAAAUAAUUGCUCCAUGUUCUCCAUCUCCUUGCGGUGCAAAUGCUCAGUGCAAAGAACUAAACAGAGCAGGGUCAUGUACUUGUCUGCCCGAUUACAUUGGAAAUCCUUACGAGGGUUGCCGCCCAGAAUGUACUUUAAAUUCCGACUGUCCGUCUAAUAAAGCUUGUAUCAAUAACAAAUGUAAGGAUCCUUGUCCUGGUACCUGCGGACAAAAUGCGGAAUGUCACGUAAUAAAUCAUUUGCCAUCAUGUACUUGUACAAUUGGAUACACAGGCGAUCCGUUUAGGUUUUGCAAUUUACCCUUGCCAGACACUCCAGCUCCUCCUGUAAAUCCGUGCAACCCAUCGCCUUGUGGGCCAAACAGUCAGUGUCGCGAAGUAAAUAAUCAAGCUGUCUGUUCUUGCUUGCCGACCUAUAUCGGCAGUCCACCUGGAUGUCGCCCAGAGUGUACUGUCAGCUCUGAGUGUGCUCAAAAUAAAGCAUGUAUCAAUCAGAAAUGUAUUGAUCCUUGCCCCGGAACGUGCGGUUUAAAUUCUGAAUGCCAAGUCAUCAAUCACAGUCCCAUAUGUAGUUGCAGGUCGAGUUAUACAGGAGAUCCAUUUACGAGAUGUUUCCCUGUGCCACCUCCACCACAACAACCGUUGCCAGAACCGUAUAGAAACCCAUGCGUACCUUCUCCUUGCGGAGCGAAUAGUGAAUGUAGGGAUAUUAAUGGCUCUCCGUCUUGCUCUUGCUUACCGACAUUCAUUGGUAGUCCACCUAAUUGUAGACCAGAGUGUGUGAUUAAUCCGGAAUGCUCCAGCAAUAUGGCUUGCAUUCGAGAAAAAUGUCGAGAUCCAUGUCCGGGUUCUUGCGGUGCUGGUGCACAUUGUAGUGUAAUAAAUCAUACUCCAAUCUGUACUUGCCCUGAAGGAUACACUGGAGAUCCGUUUAGUUACUGCCAACUUAAACCUCCAACAUCGGUACAACCUGUUGAAAAGGAUCCUUGCGAUCCAUCACCUUGUGGUCCAAACACUGUGUGCAAAGAAGGUAUUUGUAGUUGUAUUCCCGAGUAUCACGGAGAUCCUUAUGCCGGUUGCAGACCUGAAUGCGUUUUAAAUAACGAUUGCCCUAGAGAUAAGGCAUGUAUUCGUAAUAAAUGUGUCGAUCCUUGUCCUGGAACAUGUGGACAAAAUGCCGAAUGUUCCGUUAUGAAUCAUAUACCAAUAUGCACGUGCAUUCCAGGCUAUGAAGGCAAUGCCUUUGUACUUUGCUCCAAAAUACAAGCUCCCUUAGUCACAAAUCCAUGUAUUCCAAGCCCCUGUGGCCCCAACAGUCAGUGUAGGGAAGUAAAUAGCCAGGCAGUUUGUUCUUGUGUACCUGGUUUUAUCGGCAGUCCACCUGCUUGUAGACCAGAGUGCGUUAGUAGUUCAGAAUGUUCUCUCAAUCGGGCCUGUGUUAACCAAAAAUGUAUCGAUCCUUGCCCCGGAACGUGUGGCAUUGGUGCUCAAUGUCAAGUGGUCAACCACAAUCCAAUAUGUAGUUGCCCCCCUAGACAGAGCGGCGAUCCUUUCGUUCGAUGCUUACCUAUAUUAUCGGAACCAGUAGUAAUACCUGCUAAACCCUGCGAACCAUCCCCCUGCGGUCCUAAUGCAGAGUGUAGGGUGGUUGGAGAUCAGCCAUCUUGCUCUUGUUUGGCAGAAUUUAUUGGUACCCCGCCAAACUGUAGACCUGAAUGUGUUAGCAAUAGCGAAUGUGCCAAUCACCUGGCAUGUAUUAAUCAGAAAUGUAGAGAUCCUUGUCCGGGUACAUGUGGACAAAAUGCGGACUGCCGUGUUAUAAGUCACACACCUAACUGCGUGUGUCUGUCAGGUUAUAUCGGGGACCCCUUCGCCUACUGUUCACUACCACCAUCUCCUCCUCCUGAUAUCGUCCAACCCUGUAAUCCAUCACCAUGUGGAGCAAACGCCGUUUGCAAGGAACAAAAUAAUGCUGGUUCGUGUACUUGUUUGCCCGAGUAUAUCGGUAAUCCUUACGAAGGCUGUCGUCCUGAAUGUGUCCUCAAUUCUGACUGCCCCUCCAAUAAAGCAUGCAUUAGAAAUAAAUGCCAGGACCCUUGUCCUGGAACCUGCGGUCAGAACGCUAAUUGCCAAGUAAUCAAUCACUUGCCCUCUUGCACUUGCAUACCAGGAUACACUGGAGACCCCUUCACAUAUUGUAGCCAACCGCCACCUAUCCCAGAACCCCCACCGAAAAAUACACAACCUUGCCAGCCAUCACCAUGCGGCCCUAACAGUCAAUGCAGGGAAGUUAAUGAACAAGCAGUUUGUUCUUGCUUGCCAAAUUACAUCGGUAACCCUCCAGAAUGUAGACCUGAAUGCGUAGUUAGCUCUGAAUGUUCACGCGACAAGGCUUGUAUAAAUCAAAAAUGUGCGGAUCCUUGUCCAGGCUCUUGUGGCCUAAAUGCUAAGUGCGAAGUGAUAAAUCACAGCCCGAUUUGUAGUUGUUCUCCUAGAUUUACAGGAGAUCCAUUUACCAGAUGUUAUCCAAUACCAGUUCCACCUCCCGAUACACCACCGCCUGCGAAAAACCCUUGCGUACCUUCUCCUUGUGGACCGAAUUCUGAAUGCCGUGACAUAGGUGGAGCCCCAUCAUGUUCUUGCUUGACAAGUUACUUUGGAAACCCACCAAACUGCCGACCAGAAUGUACAGUUAAUUCAGACUGCUCCAGUAACUUGGCCUGUAUACGUCAAAAAUGUACAGAUCCUUGUCCAGGAUCCUGUGGUUUCAAUGCUAAAUGUGACGUUAUUAAUCACACACCAAUCUGUUCCUGCCUUGAAGCAUACACAGGAGAUCCAUUUACCAACUGUGUACUGAAACCACCUGUAACGGAAGCUGUAGUUGACAAAUGCAACCCAUCACCUUGUGGACCAAAUGCACAAUGCGACGACGGAGUUUGUACAUGCCUUCCGGAAUAUCGAGGAGAUCCUUACAGAGGUUGUAGGCCUGAAUGUGUAUUAAACAGUGAUUGUCCAAGAGACAGGUCUUGCAUUAACAGCAAAUGCAAAGAUCCGUGUCCUGGAACUUGUGGUCAAAACGCAGAGUGCUCGGUCAUCAACCAUAUCCCUAUGUGCUCGUGUAUCCAAGGAUAUAUCGGAAAUGCUUUUGUUCUCUGCAGUAAAAUACCAGAAGAACAGCCUAAGAAUCCCUGCAGUCCAUCCCCUUGUGGACCAAACAGUCAAUGUAGAGAAAUAAAUGGGCAGGCUGUAUGUUCUUGUGUGCCCGGCUUUAUAGGCAGUCCACCGACAUGCAGACCAGAGUGUAUUACCAGCUCGGAAUGUUCUCUAAGCGAGGCUUGCGUAAAUCAAAAGUGUAUCGAUCCUUGCCCUGGUACAUGCGGUAUCAACGCCCUUUGUCAAGUAGUAAAUCACAAUCCGAUUUGUAGCUGUCGUCCCAGAUAUUCAGGUGAUCCAUUUGUCAGAUGUCAACCGAUUGUCGAGGAGCCUCCACUGAUAUUAAAUCCUUGUCAACCGUCACCUUGCGGUCCAAAUUCUCAAUGCAAAGCAGUUGGGGAUUCCCCAUCUUGCUCUUGCCUACCAGACUUCAUCGGUUCUCCACCAAACUGUAAACCAGAGUGUAUUAGUAACAGCGAAUGUCCCAAUCAUUUGGCAUGUAUCAACCAAAAAUGUAGAGACCCAUGUCCAGGUGUCUGUGGUCAGAAUGCCGAAUGUAAAGUGGUCAGUCACACGCCCAACUGUGUAUGUAUAUCUGGUUAUAUCGGAGAUCCUUUCGCGAUAUGCAAUGUACAAAGUGUAACAAUCCCGACGGAAAGACCAACCCCCUGCCUUCCUUCCCCAUGUGGAUCAAAUGCAGAAUGUAGAGAACGUAACGGAGCCGGUUCUUGUGUAUGUUUACCGGAAUAUAUAGGAAACCCUUACGAAGGUUGCCGACCUGAAUGUGUUCUAAACUCAGAUUGUCCAUCAAAUAAGGCAUGUGUGAGGAAUAAAUGUGUAGAUCCAUGUCCCGGCACGUGCGGUCAAAACGCUGAAUGCCAAGUAAUCAACCACUUGCCAUCUUGUACUUGUGUACCCGGAUAUACAGGGGAUCCAUUCCGGUAUUGUAGUUUAGUAGUUGUGAAAGAUGUUCCACUGCCGCCAGAAAAUCCUUGUCAACCUUCACCAUGUGGGCCAAACAGUCAAUGUCGCGAGGUUAACCAACAAGCUGUUUGCUCAUGUUUACCAGAAUAUAUUGGAAGUCCCCCAGGCUGCAGACCAGAAUGUACCGUCAGCUCUGAGUGCCCACAGAAUAGGGCCUGUAUCAAUCAAAAGUGUGUUGAUCCUUGUCCGGGAACUUGCGGCCUCAACGCAGACUGCAAAACAAUCAAUCACAGUCCUGUAUGCAGCUGUCAGAUAUCUUAUACAGGAGAUCCAUUUACGAGGUGCUAUCCUAUACCUCCUCCGCAUGUUCCAGUUGAGCCAAUAGCCAACCCUUGCGUGCCAUCUCCUUGCGGUCCUAACAGUCAAUGUAGAGAUAUAGGCAACGUCCCAUCUUGCUCUUGUUUACCAAAUUACAUAGGAAAUCCACCAAAUUGUAGGCCGGAAUGUACUAUCAAUUCUGAGUGUCCAAGUAAUUUAGCUUGCAUGCAAGAAAAGUGUAGAGAUCCAUGCCCAGGUUCUUGCGGCACCGCAGCAGUAUGCAGUGUAAUAAAUCAUACUCCUAUUUGUACAUGUAUCGAGGGUUACACCGGAGAUCCGUUUACAUAUUGUCAGCCGAAGCCACCAGUAAUAGAACCUCAAAAAGAAGAUCCAUGUGAUCCUUCUCCAUGUGGUGCCAAUGCGCAAUGCGACAAUGGGAUAUGUACGUGCCUUCCAGAAUAUCAGGGAGAUCCUUACCGAGGCUGUAGACCGGAAUGUGUAUUGAACAAUGACUGUCCGAGAGACAAAGCGUGUGUUAGAAAUAAAUGUAUUGAUCCAUGUCCAGGAACAUGCGGGCAAAAUGCGGAGUGUGUGGUGCUUAAUCAUAUUCCAACUUGCACUUGCAUUCAAGGUUAUAUUGGUAAUGCCUUUGUUCUCUGUACCAAAAUACCGGAGGAAAUACCUAAAAACCCCUGCAGUCCAACUCCAUGCGGUCCGAAUAGUCAGUGUAGGGAAAUAAAUGGACAAGCCGUAUGUUCUUGUGUUCCCGGUUUUAUUGGAAGUCCACCAACUUGUAGGCCUGAAUGUGUUUCCAGCUCAGAGUGUGCCUUAAAUCGGGCUUGCUUAAAUCAGAAGUGUAUCGAUCCAUGUCCAGGAACCUGUGGUUUAAGCGCCAAUUGUCAAGUGGUGAAUCACAAUCCUAUAUGUAGCUGUCCACCAGGACAAACUGGAGAUCCCUUCACUAGAUGCACACCAAUAAUUGAAUAUCCACCGGAACUUCCAUCCAAUCCAUGUCAACCAUCACCUUGUGGUCCUAAUUCCCAAUGUAGAGAGAUCGGAGAUGCGCCUUCCUGUUCUUGCUUGCCAGAAUUUAUCGGUUCACCACCUAAUUGUAGACCUGAAUGUGUCAGUAACAGCGAAUGUGCUAACCACUUGGCGUGCAUAAAUCAGAAAUGUAAAGAUCCUUGUCCCGGAACCUGUGGUCAGAAUGCCGAAUGUAGAGUAGUUAGUCAUACUCCAAACUGUGUGUGUAUAGCUGGUUAUAUCGGAGAUCCAUUUAUCCAAUGUCAACAAAUUGUGGAACAAGCAACUAUUGCAGAAAAGCCGACACCUUGUGUACCUUCUCCAUGCGGUGCAAAUGCAGAGUGUAGGGAACGCAACGGAGCAGGUGCUUGUACUUGCAUCUUGGACUAUAUAGGAAACCCUUAUGAAGGAUGCAGGCCUGAAUGUACGCUCAAUUCUGAUUGUCCAUCAAAUAAAGCUUGCGUAAGAAAUAAAUGUGUGGAUCCCUGUCCAGGAACUUGUGGACAAAACGCGGAAUGUCAAGUAAUUAAUCACUUGCCAUCCUGUACUUGUGUUCCAGGUUACACUGGAGAUCCGUUCCGAUUUUGUAAUUUACCACCUACUAAAAAACCCGAACCAGAACCUAAGCCUUGUCAGCCGUCACCUUGCGGAGCAAACAGUCAAUGUCGUGAAUUAAAUGGGCAAGCAGUAUGUUCAUGUCUGCCUAAUUAUAUCGGUAGUCCUCCUGGUUGUCGCCCUGAAUGUACCGUCAGCUCUGAGUGUGCACAGAAUAAGGCUUGUCUUAAUCAAAAAUGUGUCGAUCCCUGUCCUGGAACGUGUGGCCUUAGUGCCGAAUGUCAAGUCAUCAAUCACAGCCCUAUUUGUAGCUGUAAAUCAGGCAGCACAGGAGAUCCAUUUACCAGAUGUUAUCCUAUCCCUCCACCACCCCCAACUCCUAUACCAGAAGUAAGAAAUCCAUGCAUACCAUCCCCGUGCGGACCAAACAGUCAGUGUAGAGAUGUAGGCGGUUCCCCCUCAUGCUCCUGUCUGGAGAAUUAUGUUGGAAGCCCGCCGAACUGUCGACCAGAAUGUACAAUUAACUCUGAAUGUCUAAGCAACUUGGCCUGUAUUAGAGAGAAAUGCAGAGACCCAUGUCCUGGUUCAUGUGGAUCGUUAGCGCGUUGUAGCGUUGUAAAUCACACUCCAAUGUGCACUUGCCCCGAAGGGUACACAGGGGAUCCAUUCAGUUAUUGCCAACCUAAACCUCCAGUUACAGAGCCACAAAUAGAAGACCUUUGCAACCCAUCACCAUGCGGCCCCAACGCCCAGUGUGAUAAUGGAGUAUGUACCUGUUUGCCUGAAUUCCAAGGCGAUCCUUACGCAGGUUGCAGACCAGAGUGUGUCCUAAACAACGAUUGCUCUCGCAAUCUAGCUUGCAUUAAUAACAAAUGCAAAGAUCCAUGUCCUGGAACUUGUGGUCAAAAUGCUCUGUGCGCUACGAUAAACCAUAUUCCGACAUGCACUUGCUUGGAGGGGUAUCAAGGAAAUGCAUUUGUUCUCUGUACCAAGAUUCCAGACCAAAUCCCUACAAAUCCGUGCCAACCCAGCCCGUGUGGCCCCAACAGUCAGUGUAGAGACAUCAAUAACCAAGCAGUUUGCUCUUGCGUCCCCGGUUUCAUAGGCAGUCCUCCAACUUGCCGACCUGAAUGCGUUACCAGCACUGAAUGCUCUUUAAGUCAAGCUUGUAUAAAUCAGAAAUGUAUCGACCCUUGUCCUGGCACCUGCGGUUUAAAUGCAAGAUGUCAAACUGUAAAUCACAACCCUAUUUGCAGCUGCCCAUCUAAGUACACCGGUGACCCAUUCACCAGAUGUUUCCCGUCAGAAGAACCAUCUGUUCCUCCAACAAACCCAUGUCAACCUUCACCUUGCGGCCCAAAUUCUCAAUGUAGAGAGAUUAACGGGGCACCAUCUUGUUCUUGCCUGCAAGAAUUUAUCGGAUCUCCACCAAACUGUAGACCAGAGUGUGUCAGUAAUAGCGAAUGCGCUAAUCAUUUGGCUUGCAUCAACCAAAAAUGCAGAGAUCCUUGCCCAGGAAUUUGUACUGAAAACGCGGAAUGUCGUGUUGUGAGCCACACUCCCAAUUGUGUAUGUAUCCAAGGUUAUGUUGGGGAUCCGUUUGUUUCCUGUCUUAAGCCAGAGAUCAUUAAACCUGAGUAUGUUAACCCGUGUUUCCCAUCUCCUUGUGGAGCAAAUGCCAUAUGUAGACAACAAAACGGUGCAGGAUCCUGUACGUGCAUCCAGGAUUACUUAGGAAAUCCUUACGAAGGUUGCAGACCAGAAUGUGUUCUAAACUCAGAUUGUCCUUCAAACAAAGCAUGCGUAAGCAGUAAAUGUGUAGAUCCAUGUCCGGGUACGUGCGGUCAAAACGCCGAGUGUCAAGUGAUCAGUCACUUGCCAUCAUGUACUUGCAUCCCUGGUUAUACCGGCGAUCCAUUCAGAUACUGUAAUCCGAAACCAGUUGAAACUCCUGAGCCCACCAAUCCUUGCCAGCCCAGUCCUUGUGGACCAAAUAGUCAGUGCCGUGAAGUAAACAACCAAGCAGUUUGCUCUUGUUUACCUGAGUAUAUCGGUAGCCCCCCCAGUUGUAGACCGGAAUGUACAGUUAGCUCAGAAUGUAGUUCAAACAAAGCCUGUAUAAAUCAAAAGUGUGUAGAUCCUUGUCCGGGCACAUGUGGCAUUAACGCCAACUGUGAAACCAUAAAUCACAGUCCAAUAUGUAGUUGCCAAGUGAGAUAUACCGGAGAUCCAUUUACAAGAUGCUACCCGGUACCACCGCCACCUCCAGAACCUACUCCAACCAUCACACCUAAUCCAUGCGUACCAUCACCCUGCGGGCCCCACUCUGUAUGUCAAGAUAUAAACGGUGCACCAUCUUGUUCAUGUAUUGAGAAUUACAUCGGAGCUCCGCCGAACUGUAGACCUGAAUGCACAAUCAACCCUGAAUGUUCAAGCAACCUCGCUUGCAUUCGUGAGAAAUGUAGAGACCCUUGUCCCGGUUCCUGUGGCGCUGGGGCAUAUUGCAGCGUAAUAAGUCACGUACCUGUCUGUACUUGCCCUGAAGGAUACACAGGGGAUCCAUUCACUUAUUGUACUCCUAAACCGCUGCCUGUGCCAGAAAAAGAAAGAGAUCUUUGUAAUCCCUCCCCGUGUGGUCCCAAUGCGCAAUGUAAUAACGGAGAGUGCACCUGUUUGCCAGAAUAUCAUGGAGAUCCUUACAGAGGUUGCAGACCUGAAUGUGUAUUAAACUCAGAUUGCCCCAGAAACAAAGCGUGUGUCAGAAAUAAAUGCGUCGAUCCUUGUCCAGGACUGUGUGGUCAAAACGCAGAAUGCGCGGUUGUAAAUCACAUUCCCUCCUGUUCUUGUAUACAGGGAUAUACUGGUAACGCUUUCCUUAUAUGUUCACUGAUACCAGAACCACUGCCCAAAAAUCCAUGCAACCCAUCACCUUGUGGCCCCAACAGUCAAUGUAGGGACAUAAAUAGUCAAGCAGUAUGUUCUUGUGUACCCGGCUACAUAGGCAGUCCACCAACAUGCAGACCUGAAUGUGUUAGCAGUACAGAAUGUUCACUUGACAGAGCAUGCCUGAACCAGAAGUGUAUCGAUCCUUGUCCGGGCACUUGCGGAAUAAACAGCCGUUGCCAGGUAGUUAACCAUAACCCCAUAUGCAGUUGCCCUGCAAGAUACACAGGAGAUCCCUUCAUCCGAUGCCAACAAGUACUAGAAGUUCCCAAGCCAACGAGUCCUUGCGAACCGUCCCCUUGUGGCCCCAAUGCUCAGUGCAGAGAUAUAAACGGUUCUCCAUCUUGCUCUUGUCUUCCCGAGUUCAUAGGAGCGCCACCCAACUGCCGACCAGAAUGUAUUAGCAAUAGCGAAUGUGCGAAUCAUUUGGCUUGUAUCAACCAAAAAUGCAAAGACCCUUGCCCUGGCAUAUGUGGAUUGAAUGCGGAAUGUAGAGUCGUUUCGCACACACCCAAUUGUGCAUGUACACCGGGAUAUUCGGGUAAUCCAUUCCAGCAUUGUACGGUAUUUGAAAUUCCGAAACCCCCACCAGACGAUCAGAUCAAUCCAUGCUUCCCCUCACCGUGUGGGGCUAAUGCCGUUUGCAAGGAACGAAACAAUGCCGGUUCUUGUAUUUGUCUACCUGAAUACAUUGGAAAUCCUUAUGAGGGAUGCAGACCUGAAUGUGUCUUGAACUCCGAUUGUCCAUCGAACAGGGCUUGCAUUAACAACAAGUGCGCUGAUCCUUGUCCCGGCACAUGCGGACAAAAUGCGAAUUGUCAAGUUAUUAACCACUUACCGUCUUGCUCCUGUCUCUAUGGCUAUACUGGAGAUCCAUUCAGAUUCUGCAAUGUAAUACCUCCAGACACAGAACCUGUUGAGAUUCCAACAAAUCCAUGUCAACCAUCUCCAUGUGGACCAAAUAGCCAGUGCCGUGAAGUGAAUGAGCAAGCGGUAUGUUCCUGCCUGCCUAAUUACAUCGGUAGCCCACCUGGUUGUAGACCAGAGUGCACAAUCAGUUCCGAAUGCGCACAAAAUAGAGCUUGUUUUAAUCAGAAAUGUGUCGAUCCCUGUCCUGGAACGUGUGGCCUUAAUGCGAGAUGUGAAGUAAUAAACCACAGCCCUAUUUGUAGUUGUUCCGCAGAACACACCGGAGAUCCCUUCACUCGGUGCUACAAAAUUCCACCGCCUCCAGAACAACCGAAACCUUCUCCAAAUCCUUGCGUUCCGUCACCAUGCGGCCCUUACAGUCAAUGUAGAGAUAUAGGCGGAACGCCAUCUUGUUCUUGUUUACGCAACUAUAUCGGAAGCCCUCCAAAUUGUAAACCAGAAUGUACGAUAAAUUCUGAAUGUCCCAGUAGUUUGGCUUGUAUCAAUGAGAAAUGCAAAGAUCCUUGUCCAGGAUCUUGCGGCAUCGCAGCGCUCUGUGAAGUAAGAAACCAUAACCCAAUAUGUGUGUGUCCUACAGGUUACGCUGGAGAUGCAUUUGUUUCCUGCAUUCCUAAACCUCCACCGCCUUUACCUACAAUAACGAAUCCUUGCUACCCGAACCCUUGUGGUUCAAAUGCUCGUUGCGAUAAUGGUACAUGUAGUUGCUACCCAGAAUACCAGGGAGAUCCUUACAGAGAGUGUAGGCCUGAAUGUGUAUUGAACUCGGAUUGUCCUCGUGACAGAGCCUGCAUAAAUCAGAAGUGUAGGGACCCUUGUCCCGGCACUUGCGGUCAAAAUGCUGAGUGUAAUGUAUUCAAUCAUUAUCCUUCUUGUUCUUGUUUGCAGGGUUACUCCGGUGAUGCGUUCUUGUUUUGCGCCAAAAUAGAGACUCCUCCGCCUCAGAAUCCCUGCCAUCCCUCACCUUGCGGGCCCAACAGCCAGUGUAGGGAAAUUAACAAUCAGGCGGUCUGUUCUUGCUUGCAAGGUUACAUAGGUAGCCCGCCUACUUGCAGACCUGAAUGCGUAUCUAGCUCCGAGUGUUCCCUUGCAACCGCUUGCGUGAACCAAAAAUGUAUUGACCCAUGCCUCGGCACCUGCGGAUUAAGGGCUUUGUGCCAGGUGGUUAACCACAACCCCAUUUGCACCUGCCCAGUUAAACACACCGGAGAUCCAUUCGUGAGGUGCCAGGUCGUAAUCGACAAGCCACCAGAACCAAAACCGGCUGAAAAUCCUUGCGUACCUUCCCCAUGCGGCCCCAACGCUCUAUGUGAACCAACCCCUGUCGGUACAACAAAAUGUAGUUGUGUCGACAACUAUAUUGGCGCUCCACCCAACUGUCGUCCAGAAUGUAUUACCAACAGUGACUGUACUAAAUCCCUAGCAUGUAUCAAUCAAAAGUGUAGAGACCCCUGCCCAGGAUCUUGCGGACUGAAUGCUCGUUGUCUUGUAGUAAACCACAUUCCAAACUGUAUGUGUGUAGAUAGUUACAUUGGAGAUCCUUUCACUAUUUGCACGCCUCAACCACCUGCUCCUCCUACACCACCAUCACGGAAAGACCCAUGCAACCCCUCACCGUGUGGACCAAACGCUCAUUGCCGCGUGGAAAAUGACUAUGCUGCCUGCGAAUGUUUACCGGAAUACCACGGCAAUCCUUAUGAAAUUUGCAGACCAGAGUGUUUGUCUAACGCGGAUUGUCCAAUGAAUAGAGCUUGUAUCAGCAACAAAUGUCAGGAUCCAUGUCCAGGAACAUGCGGUUUCAAUGCUCUAUGUACAGUCACCAAUCACGUACCUGUAUGUUCUUGUCCAGAUCGUUACACGGGAGACGCCUUCAGGCUCUGCACACCAGUAAUUGAAAAGCCACCAACUGAUCCCUGCAAUCCAUCUCCAUGCGGAAUCAACACCUUGUGCCGCACAUCUGGAGAAAACGCCAUAUGCGAAUGUCUGCCUGGAUUCUUUGGAACACCAUCAGCCGGUGGUUGUAAACCAGAAUGUACUAUCAGCGCAGACUGCUCUAGAGAUAAAGCCUGUGUAAACACUAAAUGUGUCGACCCUUGCCCAGGUGUUUGUGGAUUCGAAGCAAUUUGUAAUGUCAUAAACCACAGCCCUAUAUGCAGCUGUCCUGCACCAUUGAUAGGAGAUCCCUUCACGCUGUGCCAGGAGCCAGUUAAAGAGCAACCACAAGAUCCUUGCAAUCCAUCUCCAUGUAAUUUGAAUGGACAAUGCAGGGUGGUUAACGGAUUAGCAACCUGUAUCUAUCCAGAAUGUGUCAUCAAUCAAGACUGUCCAAGAGACAAGGCUUGUUACUCACAGAAAUGUAAAGAUCCUUGCAGAGACGCUUGCGGAUUGAAUGCACUUUGCCAAGUUAUUAACCACAAAGCCAUUUGUUCUUGUCCGCAGGGAUAUGUUGGAUCACCCGAAGUCCAAUGUAGAAUUCUACCAAAGGAACCACCAGCACCUAAAGUAGAGUGUACCCAAGAUUCAGACUGUACUAAUGACAAAGCAUGUGUGAACACUCGAUGCUUGAACCCUUGCUCCUCAAGUCCAGGAAUAUGCGCUCAGAACGCUGAAUGCCAUCCACAACUCCACAGAGCCGUAUGCUCAUGCAGAGAUGGUUUUACUGGAAACGCACAACACGCUUGUUACGAAAUAGGAUGCAGAUCAGAUUCAGAGUGUCCAUCGACUCAAGCUUGCAUCAACAGAGAAUGUACCGACCCUUGCUCCUUCACAUCCUGUGGACUUAAUGCUCUCUGUAGGGCCGGUUCCAAUCACAAAGCCAGAUGUUACUGUCCAGAUAACUUCCGUGGGGAUCCUUUCGUAAGAUGCGAACGUCCUGAAUGUGUAACUGACGAAGAAUGCCCGUACAACUUAGCCUGUAGAAACGAGAGAUGCGAAGAUCCUUGCAAUUGCGGCGCUGGCGCCACUUGCAGAGUCACAAAUCACCGAGCACAAUGUUCUUGCCCACCUGGCUAUACCGGCAAUCCCCUGGUGUCUUGUACUAGGGAACCUAUUAAGAUACAACCUCAAUGUAGAAUGGAUUCGGAUUGUCCCAGCAAACUCGCUUGUUUCAGUGGUGUUUGCAAGAAUCCUUGCUUUGAAACAAAACCGUGCGGAUUGAAUGCCGAGUGUAUUGUCGUUGACAGUUUGCCACUAAGAACCAUGUCAUGUAUGUGUUUGCCGGGAUAUGUAGGCGAUGCAGAUACGGAAUGUAAACCAGCUCAACCAGGCGAACCAGGUUGUAAGAGAAACGAAGAUUGUCCAUUAAGUGACGCUUGCCUGAACGCACAGUGCGUCAAUCCUUGUGCCAUUGGAAAUCCUUGCGCCUUGACUGCGCAAUGUACGCCUCUCAAUCACAAAGCUAUGUGCAAGUGUCCCGCUGGUUUAGAGGGAGAUCCGUUCAUCAAAUGUUACGAAAAACCAAAGAUUAGACCGGAGUGCUCAUCUGAUUCAGAAUGUUCCAACGAUAAGUCCUGUAUCAACCAGGCUUGCCAGAAUCCUUGUACCUUAGCCAAUCCAUGUGGCAGCAACUCCGAGUGUCAGACUCAUUUCCACAGACCUACCUGUAACUGUCCUGAUGGUUGGGUAGGAAAUCCACAAGUGCAGUGUUAUAAACCGGAAUGUCAGUCCAGCAACGAUUGCCCCUAUGACAGAGCUUGUAUCAACGAGAACUGCAUUAAUCCCUGCCUAAGCCAUUCCUGUGGUCGUGGAGCAGAAUGCCAGGUAUUUAAUCAUCGUGCCCAAUGCCAAUGUCCCGCUGGUACACAAGGAGAUCCGCUACUGUCAUGUAUAACUGGUAUAUGUCACUACAACGAAGACUGCGCUGAUCACGAGGCUUGCGAUCGUCUCAACAGAGUUUGCAGACCAGUCUGCGACGAAGAUACCUGUGCCGACACAGCAAUUUGCAAGGGUCAACAACAUCAGCCAAAAUGUUACUGUCCUUCAGGAACAACCGGUAAUCCAUUUAUACAAUGUACAUCGUUGAUUUCACCACCAGAUCGACAAGUGGAAUGUCGGUCCGAUUCCGAAUGUCCUACGCAAAUGGCUUGUAUCAACCAAAAGUGCAUAAAUCCAUGUGCGAAUGAAGAGGUCUGUAAACCUGAUCAAGAAUGUCGUGUCUUAGACACGUCGCCAUUAAGAACAGUCAUGUGUCAGUGUCCACCCGACACAUUCGUGGAUUCCUCAGGUCGCUGCGUCUCCAUAAGACACGAACAGUGCUACGCAGACAGUGAAUGCAAUGACAAUGAGAAAUGCAACAGGGGAACUUGUGUCGACGCAUGCAAAAUAGACAGAUGCGGCGUCAAUGCACUUUGCAACUCUUUCAACCACCAAGCCAUAUGUACCUGUGCCCCUGGAUAUACUGGAAAUGCUCAUGUGGAAUGUAACACUAGACCUAUAACUCCACCUGUAGUACUGCCGCCAGAAUGCUACGUUGAUAGUGACUGUACCUACGAUAAAACCUGUAGAGUUGGUUACUGCGUAAACCCCUGUAGAGAAGACAAUCCUUGUGCUGUUGGAGCAUUCUGUUCUGUCAAUCGCCAUGAAGCGGUGUGUAGAUGUCCAGCGGAAUACAUAGGAAAUCCGAAGAUAGAAUGCAUAGCCCCAAUUGGACCAAUCGUUGGAUGUACUUCAAAUUCUGAAUGUCCUAAGAGUGAAUCUUGCAUAAACCAUCUAUGUGCGAGCCCUUGCAACUGUGGCCCCAACGCCGAGUGUAAAGUCGUAAAUCAUUAUGCAACCUGCUACUGUCAACCUGGAUAUUCUGGCAAUCCACAGUUGGGUUGUGUUAAAUUGGGAUGUCAGUCGGAUAACGAAUGUUCCGACGAUAAGCAAUGUUACAACGGAAAAUGUGUAGAUCCCUGCAUUCUUCAAGAUCCAUGUGCCAGAAACGCCGAAUGCUACGGAAACUAUCACAAGGCAAGCUGUAGAUGUCGUGACGGUUACGAAGGCAAUCCAUUCACUAGAUGCGAACGCAUUGAAUGCCAUUCAGACCCCGACUGCCCGAAUAACAAAGCAUGCCUACAAAGGCGUUGCGUAGAUCCAUGUUCUAGCAUUGCCAACCCCCCUUGUGCACAGAAUGCAAUCUGUUAUGCCCAGAAUCACGCCGCAGGCUGUGUUUGUCCGUCACAUUUACCAGAAGGAAACCCACUGUCUUAUUGCAGUGCUAUAACUAAAGUUCCAGGCAAACCAGAAUGCGAAUUAGAUGUCGAUUGUCCCAGCAAGUUAGCUUGUAUCAGGAACCAGUGUGUCAACCCAUGCGAAAGCAUCUCUCCCUGCCACCCAACAGCCCAUUGCAGUGUACUAGACACCGUACCAGUAAGAACUAUGAUCUGCACUUGUCCAGAAGGCUGGGUACCCAACGAAAGUGGAGAAUGUCACGCGAUUAUCGUACCCAUACCACCAGGAUGUGUGUCUGAUGAUGAUUGUUCCAAUAAUGAAGCUUGCAUAAACCGUUUGUGCCGCAGUCCAUGUGACUGCGGGGCUAAUGCCAACUGUUACGUCCAAAACCACAGGGGCAUAUGCUCUUGCGCGGAAGGCUUUGAAGGCAAUCCAACCAUAGCUUGUCACACUGUUGGAUGCCGAAUAGACUCUGAGUGUGAAUCUGGAAAAGCUUGCGUUAACGGACACUGUAUUAAUCCUUGUUUAGUUAAAGAUCCUUGCGGAAUAAAUGCUGAAUGCUACGUAUAUCAGAAUCAAGCAGAAUGUCGCUGUCUCAGCGGCUACAGAGGAAAUCCGUUUGAUAGGUGCAUAGUGGUGGGCUGUACUUCCAACAGCGACUGCCCGAGUGACAGACAAUGUAUCAACGCCCAAUGUAUCAAUCCUUGCAUCUACAACAAUCCUUGCUCAUCUCGAGCUGAAUGUAAAGUUCAGAAUCACCUGUCCCUUUGCAGAUGUCCACCAGGAUUAAUAGGCAACCCGUAUGUUGAUUGUAGGCCUGAACCACAGCCAGAGUGCCGUGAAGAUAGAGAUUGUCCGUCCAGACUAGCAUGCUUGAACAGCAAGUGCCAGAACCCUUGUACUGUCUUAGAACCGUGUCGAAGACCAUCCGAAUGUCUUGUAGUGGACACCGUUCCUUUGCGAACCAUGAUCUGUGUCUGUCCUCCUGGUUAUAUAAGCAGCGGAAGUGGAACUUGCAAUCCCGUAACUGCAGUUAUAAAAGAAGCCUGUGUUAGCGAUGGUGAGUGCCCUGCCGACAAAGCAUGUUUCAAUGGACUAUGUAAGAACCCAUGCACGUGUGGCCCACAUGCCGAAUGCCGAGUGAAAAACCACAAACCUGUCUGUACAUGUAGGCAAGGUUACGAUGGAAAUCCCGAACUGGAAUGCCACCGAGUUGGAUGUAGAAGUGACGAUGAAUGCUCAGGCCAACACAGUUGCAUUAACAGGCAGUGCGUACCGGUAUGCGCAGCCGACGGCUCGUCUUGCGGAGAAAAGGCUACCUGUUACGGCUAUAAUCAUCGUGCUAUCUGCGAAUGCGCACCAGGCCUGAAAGGCAAUCCCAAAGUCUCUUGUAUAUUAGUCGGGUGUAGGUCAGACACCGACUGUCCUGGAAAUAGAGCUUGCAUGAACGACAAAUGUGAACUACCCUGCGAGGUUGCCAACCCAUGCGACGCGCCUGCUGAAUGCAAAGUCUUCAACCACAUAAUGGAAUGUGUCUGCCCACCUGGCACAGUAAGUGAUGGAGAAACUGGCUGUUUGAAGGUCGAAGAAAAAUGCAGAAAGGAUUCGGACUGUCCUUCGCAAUAUGCUUGUAUUGGAGGUGAAUGUGUUAAUCCGUGCCAAUCUACAGAACCGUGCGGCAUUAAUGCUGAAUGUACGGUACUUAAUACAGAACCCGUUAGGACCAUGAUCUGCCAAUGCUUGCCAGGGUAUCAAGGAAAUGCAGCGGUGCAAUGUGAUAAGAUGCCUAUAUGUGAGAUCAGAGGAUUUGUCCAAACACCCGAAGGAGAAUGUGUUUGCCCUCCCAAUACAGCUCUAAACGAAAACGGUGAAUGCGUUCCAUGUCCUAUAGAGAAAGGCCUUAAAGUAGAUGAGAGAGGCAGAUGCGUUUGUGCCUUAGAAAAAGGCUUUAUAAUAGAUGAAAGAGGAAACUGCGUCUGUCCGAUAGAAUUCGGUUACCACCUGGACAACCGCGGAAAUUGUAUAUCGAAAAUCGUACCAAAAUGUGAAGAAGACAGCGAUUGUUUGGACCACAAGUUCUGUAACCCGGAGACUAAGACUUGCGAAGACCCUUGCCUGACGAAACAAUGCGGUAUUAACGCAUUCUGUAAUGCAACGAACCAUCAAGCAUUCUGCUACUGCAUAGAGGGCUACGAAGGAAAUCCUAAUGAAAAUUGCAGUUUUGUACCACGGCACAGAACAACAUCUUUCCCAAGACCUGAUUUGAUUGUCAGCUGUUUGUCCGAUGGCGUCCAAGUUGAAAUAACACUGUCUAGUUUAGAGACCUUCAGCGGAAUACUCUACGUGAAAGGCCACAGCAAAGAUGAGAAUUGCAGGAGGAUGAUAUCCACCCAAACAACUGAUAGAACUGCAUUUUUCAAGGUUAAAUUUGGAAAUUGUGGCCUUAUACACAUAAAUGGAGAAGCGAGCUUUGUCUUGGUCAUCCAGAAACACCCUAUUCUCGUCACUACGGACGCACAAGCUUACCACAUCAAGUGUGUAUACCAAACUGGAGAACAAAAUGUAACCCUAGGCUUUAACGUGUCGAUGUUAACCACUGCCGGAACGAUUGCCAACACUGGACCUCCGCCUACGUGCUUAAUGAAGAUCAUAACGCCAACCGGCCAGGAAAUUGAUUCUGCAGAAAUUGGAGAUAACCUCAUGUUGCAAGUGGACGUUCAACCCGGUUCAAUCUACGGAGGAUUUGCUAGGAGUUGUGUUGCCAGAACCAUGGAAAAUAGCGUCGAAAAUGAGUAUUUGGUGACUGACGAGAACGGCUGCGCCACCGACCCUACCAUCUUUGGAGAAUGGGACUACAAUCCCGAUACCCAGAGCCUGCAAGCCAGCUUCAACGCAUUCAAAUUCCCAAGCAGCGACACUAUCAAGUUCCAGUGCAAUAUAAGAGUUUGCUUCGGAAAAUGUCAACCGGUUAAUUGCCGAGGUUACAAUGCCUUUGGAAGACGUAAGAGAGCUAUCGACUCAGAAAAUAAUACCGAUACUGGAGGAGACCUAUUAGCAGGUCAAUUAAGAGAAGAAAUUACGAUUCAGUCCAAUGCGAUAAUAACCUUUGAGAAACGUGAGGAACGCGGACCAGAUUCCCGUAUAGCGCCAAAUGCUCAGCGAGUGGAAGACAUCUGCGUUUCCAUGAUAGGAUUCAUCAUAGCCCUGAUAAUCACUGCCCUACUGGCCUUGGUGGCCGUUGCAGUGGCUGUAUCCUGUUGGCUGAUGGCCUACCGCCGCAGACCCAAAGCCACGGGGCCACUACCACAUCCGCCUGAGUUCCCUAACCCAUUGUUCACCACUCCCGAGCCCAUGGCGGAGCCAAGUCCAGACUACCUCACAUAAAAUAAAAACAAUGAAAAGACUAGUUUUAAGUUCUGAAUACUCCUGAAUGUAGUAUUUCAUACCAUAUCAAUGACAUUAUUUAUGUAUAUCCAAGAUAAACGACUUGCUCAGAGCAAAUGAAAUACUCGAUUAUACAUUUUUUAUAAACGUUUUGUAAUUGUAUAUUUAAUUUCGGGCGUUUGUAACAUUUUUCCACUUCUCAUAUCCGUCCGAAGCUACUCACUCAACUGUUACUGCCAAAAACGAAGUGACUAAUGUUACAAACUCCAAUAGCGAAUGUGUUGUUUUAACUGCCGAGAAUGUGUACAUCCGUAAUUCCGUUUCCUAAGUUAGUAUUGAAUUUUAUCGCACGGCUCGUACACAUUUUCAUCUAUCUUUUCCACUGGCUGUUCUUUUGUUAGUAUUUUUACAGACAAGGGAAAAACAAAUAUGGUGGAGGUCUUCUUAACGCUUUAACGAACCGUUUCCUAAUUAAUCGACUAGAAACAAGACCCUUGAAUCUGUGUUAUAUACGACUAUUCUACUUCCUAUUGUACAUAUAUACAAGAUAAGUAAUAUUUUAACUAGCAGCCUCUGGAAGACGUAGGCUCCUUUAGAUAAGACUAUAAAUAUUAUUUUUAUGAUGAACCUGUAUAAAGUGUGUGAAUGGUGAUGUAUGCGGGGCCGACACGGCCCGAGAUUUUAUUUUGGUGCUGACUGAUUUUUUUCACGAGACAGUCAAAUGUUUAGUCAAUCAUACUUCUUAAUAUUAAAUAGUACCUAUGUUUAUACACUUGUAAGUCUCGAGGAAGCAAACUUUACUGUCUAAUCAAAAAUAGUCGAAUUUAAUUCUAUUUUAUAAAGAAAAUGCCUGAAAGUUUUAUAUUUUAUAUAUGAUUUUUUUUUGUUUUUACUGCUAUUUAACUAAUUCAUUAUUUAUGUUAAUUAUUUGUCUAUUUUAAUACGAUGUUCUAACGAUGACUUCUAAAAUUGUCAUACUUGUGAUAAUCGCUUCUUUAAUAAAGUAUUUGUUUAAUAAUA